CCAAGAUGGCGACCGAACAGCGCCUGAUCGUCAUCAGUUCGCGCACGCGACAGCUGUCAAGAAAAAUACAACGUCAUCGUAAAAGCGCCGCCGCCGCGGAUGUCCCUUUCCGAGAGAGCGCAGGUCUCCGGUAACCGGGAGAGGCUGAGCUCGGUGCCCCGGAUCCGCUAGUCAUGGAGGAGGCGGCGGGCUGCCUGGAUGGUCUGUCGGAGCUCUUGGAGGAGUUCUCCCGGGCCCAGUUCCGAGCCAAGGACCCGAAUCCGAAGGUGAGUGUUCCGGUACCGAACCCGAGACCGGGAGACCGGCCAUAGUAAUUAACAUGGGAAUACCCCCACCCCCAGCAACAACAACAACGCCCCCUGUGUCACUACAGCCCCCUAAUAACACUGUGCAGCCAGGGAAACUGGAAUAUUAAUAAUAAUAAUAAUAUCACUGUAAUCACCCAGCAAUAUAUUAUAUCCCCUCCCCUCCCCCUGUAUACCCGCACACUGUGUGCUGCCAGCUCUGUCUGACACAUGAUCCCCACAUACACCAUGCACUCUGGCAAUACAGCACGUGAUGGGGUUGUGCAAUACAUGAAUGGUGCUGCCCCAUGGUAUGUGCAAGCUCUAUGGACCAGGAGCAGUCAGUCACACAGCUCUGCACUCACUAAUUGGGGAUUAAUUCUGCAGCAGGUGCAUCAUUCUGCUAACUGCUGGGGAGUGCUUUUCAUGCAACGCCCACCAAGUUCAUGUGCUCAUAAGCUGACCCUGCAGACAGCUCUAGUUCUUAAUGCCGUGAGAACCUAAUGGGAAAUGUAUUUCUUAAAACAGACCUUGGAGGAUUAAUUUUUUUUUUUUUUUUUUUCUCAUUCCCUCAUCCCCAGAAAAAAAUUUUAAGCACUUGCUGAGAUAAGUAGCUUAGGGUUUGCACACUUCCCAAGUGUCCCAGUUUAGGAGGUACAGUCCCAAUUUUGGGUUCAAAUCCCUCUGUUCCUCUUUUCUGUCAUAGGGUCCCUCUUUUGUAGGAGCUCCAUAUUCUUGCAGUGCCCUACAAUAUAACAGAGCUCUGUAGGAAUAAUACGCACAGAACUGUGUUUUUAAAUUAAAGCAGAGUUGUUUAGAAAUCCGUCUGUGUAAAUAAGAUGCCUUGUACUUGUUCUAAAUUACAUAUUGGUUGCAUAGUUUGGCAGGUCACCUAAAAUUUCUCAGAGCAGCCCAGCCCCUGACCACAUCUAAAAUUAAAGUCCUCUUCUUUGUCCAUUUGAAAUGUCAAAUGUUGGAAGUUAUGUGGAUAUAAUUAAGAAAAACAAAAAAAGCACCACUUCCAUGUCCAAGUUGACUACUUUUCUUUAAUGCCCUGGUUGUGCUUAUGCAUACUUUUGCAUCUGUAGGGAAAUGCCUUACAAGAGCAAAUCCAUUUUGGCACAUCUUCAGUAGUUUGAUACAUGUAUUGUACUGUGUAGGUUAAAUAAAUUCUAUAUUCUUUCUGGGAUAAAACAUAGACACUUGAAGUGCUUUAUUUGUGAAGAGUGCUUUUUUUUUUUUUUUUUUUAAUAUAAGUUAACCUUGUUACGCCCCCUUGACAGACAGACAUCUGGUUCUGUUACUUCCUGGUUUGGUUAGCUCAGUGGAGCUAAAUUCAGUCGGCAGAAAUUGCCCAGAGCACCUGUCUUGCAAAGAUUAUUCAUAGAGCUGCAUUGGGAAGACUCUAAUUGGACAGCCGCAGAAAGUCUGGGCGGGUUUAGAAGGAGAGGACUUGCCCAGGCUGGAGACAAGAGAUCUGCAGGUUUUGCAAGCUGUUUUUAAAGGAUCACUAUAGUGUCAGGAAAACAAACUCGUUUUACUGACACUAUAUAACCCUUAGGUCUACCCCACCCUCAGGGUCCCCUUCAGCCACUUCUCCUCCCCCACUGACGUCGGCUCCCGAGUGGAGCGGAAUUCACAUGUGCGGCACGCAUCUAAACAGUCCAUAGGAAAGCUUUUCUAUGGACGUUCGGCAUGCUGAAUGCGAUUUUCACAUCCAGCGUCGCAGAAGCGCCUCUAGCGGCUGUCAGGAAGACAGCAACUAGAGGCUGGAUUAACACUGCAAUGUAAACCUUGCAGUUUCUAUGAAACUGCUAUGUUUACAUCUGAAGGGUUAAAACCUAGGGGACCUGUCACCCAGACCACUUCAUUGAGCUAAAGUGGUCUGGGUGACUAUAGUGUCCCUUUAAAUAUACCCCCAAUAAAAAAAAAAUAAAAAAAAUUGUUACACUGAUCCUGCUUAGGUUAUUGAGGCCCCCUGUAUAAAAUUAAAUUAAUAAAACUAAACUCUUCUUUAAUCUUGCAGUGUCUCGGUCUAGCCAUACCUGCAUCUCCUUAUUCUGAAUUUAUCUGGAGAGAUGAUCUCUGCCAAUCAAAUGCUUCCCCAUAGAGCAGUAUUGAUGCUCUAUUGCACUUGUGGCAAUCACAAAUAGGAUUUAUUUCUUCAUGUUCUUCGGGAACAUGAAGACUAAACUUGUUACAGCCUUUAUAGGAAGUGCCUCUUACGGCAGUCUGACAGUCACACAUCUAAACAUAGUUGUUUGUCUGUAGUGGUUUUGGUGCUUACAGGGCACCUUUAAAUGUGAGGUUUAUGCAAAAAAAAACAAAAAAAAACACUCGGAUGUGUGACAUCUGAUUUCUAAUGCAUUUAACUGACCAGGCAAAUUAUGAGUGCAGUCCAAUGUAGAUAGACCUAUUACAAUUUUAAAUAAACUACAUGAUAGAAAAAAAAUCUCACAAGGGUCUCAUCAAAAUUUCAAAUUACUUUUGGUAACAGAUAAACAAACCUAUAUAUUAAAAAAUAAAUAAAUAAAAAAAUAAAUAAAUAUAUAUAUAUAUAUAUAUAUAUAUAUAUAUAUAUAUAUAUAUAUAUAUAUAUAUAUAUAUAUAUAUAUAUAUAUAUUUUUUAGCCUUACAUUCUAUAGACAAGAAGACUUGUUAACACACUUAUAAAGUUUAGUACAAUAGAAGUCUGCUAAUAAGUUGUGACGGAAUAUUUUAGCAACGUGUAUACGUUUAUACGCUACACCGAUUCUAAAACCGUCCCCAUCAAAAAAAAUUAAAAAUUAUAUAUAUGAUUUUCACAGUGAGAAGCACGCAAGCGCCUCUAGCGGCUGUCAAUGAGAUAGCCACUAGAGGCUGGAUUAACCCUAUUAUAAACAUGGCAGUUUCCCUGAAACUGCUAUGUUUUAUAAAAAGGGGGUUAACCCUAGCUGGACCAGGCACCCAGACCACUUCAUUAAGCUGAAGUGGUCUGGGUGCCUAUAGCGGUCCUUUAACAUUACCUGAAAAGUAACCUAGAUAUUUUAGGUUCCCUUAUUGCACCAUCUGGCAAGGUAACAUCUGAUUUGAAAUUUUUUAUUAUUUUUUUCCAUGCUGGCUGUGUGCGUUACAUGCAGUUAGAGCUGCAUACAUAGAAACAAAAGUGAUUUAACUCCUAAAUGGCAGAUAAUUGUGCAGUGAGACUGCAGGGAUAUGAUCUAUCCACCAAAACUACUUCAUUAAGCUAAAGUUUGUAUUGAUACCUAGAGUGUCUAACUUUUUUCAAGGGGAAUCAGUAUUGCAUAUGCCUGCUUCUCUAAACUAUAAGAUUAAACCUAUUAGUACACUAUACUAUUCUAAAUUCAUACUAUUUUUUAGAGUGUUGUAUUCCUUGAGCAUUAUGACCAAUGCUAAGGCUGAUAUUUGAGAUAUAAUAUUCACAAUUUAUUAGAAGUUUUACACAGUUUUGUUUUUUAACACUAUAGGGUUUAAAGACAAAUUUUGUAAACUGUUCUGUGACUGUCAAAUGAAAUCUAGUCAGAUCGACUAAGGCAUUCACCAAUGGUCUGUUUUAACUGCAUCCCUGCAGAAAUACUAAUCCCUAGACAUUUAGUCCAUGAAAACCAACUCGCAAAUCAGUGUUUCCUAUGUGAUCUUUUACCUGCCUGGUAUCUGCUCAGUGUUGCCCUGCCACUGUCUGGGGUCAUUUUAUAAUUUGCAAAGACUGCCAACGGUGACUGCUCUGCUGGCUGUCUGGUGGCUGUGGGAUGCAGGGGAAAGAGGUGUGUUUUUUUGUUUUUUUUUGUUUGUUUUUUAAUAUAUUUAGCUGAAAAAGACCCUCAUGGCGGCUGCCGUCAUAUUGAGCUUCAUCUGCCAGGAGCUCAUAUCAGUGUUCUACUCUCGCACAUGCGCAAGAGUACAGAACUAAGGUCAAUGGAGUAUCCUGCGAGACUACGGGAUCCUCCACAGACCCAGCCUUUUCCCUUACACCUGUCAUUGGUAACGUCUGGAGAAAAUGCCACAACUUGGCUGAGGUAUCUCUGCCUUUUUUUCAAGUUUUGUAAGGCUUACUUUGUCUUAGUAUAUCUCUACUUUUGUCUUCAUAUAUUUUUGGACUGAAUUGAAAUGAAAGAGGUUUGUUUAUGAAAGUACAAAGCCUGGCUACUGUGUACUCUAAUGAGAUGCGUGGACAGUGCAGAGGGCAUUUUCUAGUACCAAGUCUAACAGGGAUCUUGGUAGUCUUACUUGCACCAAUAUAGUCCUGGUUUGUGUGUCUUUACGUCUCAGUAUCGGGGAUUGUUACAUUAAUGCUUGUAUUUCUGCAGGUGGAAAAUAUUGAAAAGCGCUGUUUGGAAUUAUUUGGGAAAGAUUAUUGUUUCAGCAUCAUCCAGAACACAAAUGGGGAGCUUUGCAGUCAUUACCCGCGACAAAUCGUCUUCAUGGAGUAUGAGAGUGUUGAGGAAGACAAAACCAUGUAAGUGUAAACUGCUUCGGUUGCUAUAGAAUCUAAUAACUCUAUAAUUUUAAGAAGUGUGAAGACCAUGUGUCUUGCAGGACAGCAGGGGCCUUUAGUGCAGCUGUGAGUAUAUUGUGUAUUCAUGGACUUCUAUGCAAAAUUAAUCUCCAAUAUUUCAGCUUUCAAGUUCAGAACGUGGCAGGAGGUGAAUCUCCAUAAAAGGCCUGCUGGAGAAAUUAAAAUGUCCCUUUAUUAAUGCACCUGUCCAUAUUUAAUUAGCUGCACGGUACUGUGAAAAAAAAUAUCAGAUUCACUGUAACACGUUGUGCACCACAGCCUUGGGAAAUCUCUUUAUGUCCUUGCAUAUCUUGCAUUCCAAUGUUCGUCAAAGGGUUAAUAUGUUCUGUCUUUGGAAAGCUAUUUAAAUUUGCUCAGCAUGACCUCACAGCCAGAGUGCCAAUAUAGGUAACACUUGCAUUUUGCUUUAAGUGUUGCUGGUUUUGCGCAAGAAUUCUACUCCAAAAUAAACCUUGCUCUUUCUAGACUUAUACAGAUUAUGCCAAUUGCAGCUGCAUUGUAAUGUUGCAUAGUCACUGGGGAACUGCGAUAGCACGCAAGGGGAAGUUUUGGUUUGUGUUUUUUUUUGUUUUGUCCCUCUGAUCUGCAAGUCAGCUUCUAUUGACACAAAAAUAGAGGUUUUGGGAAAUGCAUUUAACUUUGCAGUACAGCAUAGUAACAACUACAUGAUACCUUCCAACAUAUGGAAUAGUCAAAAUAGGACACUUUCAUUUUAAGGGUUUGGCAGAAGUUGGGCUGUCGAACCAUUUUAAUUAUCUGAAUGUGAGAGAAAAUGCAGUUUAAACAAGAAUUAAAGACAGAUAUUUUUCCUAAUUUAUUGCGGAGAAGCUUUGUUAUGCACUUAAAGUGUAGAAAUCCUAAAUAAAAUUACAAAAGUGACAUUUGAAUAGAAAAGAACAAGGAGAUUAUGGGUUGAAAAUAAAGUCCCUUUUUAAGAAGGGAUGCUGCAUCCCUUCGGAUUAGUAGGGUGUUUGCUCUUGGCAUGGCUGCAUUGUUGAAGGAAAGGUUGUUGUUCACUAUGCAGGUAGGGGGCAGCAUAUCUCUAUGGAUGUACAAAAAUGGCAGGUUCUAUUUUAAUUCAUGGCUGAUUGUCCUCAUAGCUUGUAUUGGUUAAUGCUUGUCACACCUAGAUUAUUCCCUGUGCCAGUACAUACAACAUUAAUCUUUUAUGUAAGCUCUAUUCUAGCUUAGUCCAACAUUUCAUGCUUCGCACACACCUACAUUUUCAGCUUUACCUGAAUAUUCUGUGCAAGAACAACGCUCUGUCUGGAUAGGUUACCAUGAGUGCACAGGCGUGCUAGCAUUCAUGUUUUAGAAUAAACUUGGCAGAUAGAUCAGUUAUUUUUAUACUACUUAAAAUGGGACUGAUAAACCAUUGCCACAGCUCUUGCUAAAAGUUAAUAUUUAUUUGGAUUGUGUAUAUACUCCUAAAUCUGAUGUUAAUAAAAGCAGGCAACAACACUCGUAUAAACAUGUGCCAUACAUAUAGCAUAGUGCAACCUUUUCAUACUCUAUAGGGCUAUGUGUAACAACGUUAAAAGGAAUCCUAACUCAGUUUGCAUAACCCACCAUAGCCUCUUUAAACUUGGCUUGUUCCUAUAUUCAUGUAUUAACUCAUAAACAUGUGCAAUAUUAAUAUGCCAUACAACUGUUUCUCUAUGUCCAGCCUGCACCAGCUGUUGUGGCAAUGCAAGCAUACAUGUAUAAUGUAUGCACUACUAAAAUAAAGAAUUAAAGAAAAAAAAAAGUAGCAGGCUCGUGUUUGCAGAUGUACUAGAUAUUUCAGAAUAUAUACAUCAGUUUGCCCACAUGAACUAUUAUGGAUAUAGACCAUAACCUUAAAUGCCUUCACUAAUAUUUUUAUCACAUUGGAAAAAGUUGUGAAAUUAAGCCUUUUUUUUUUUCUGUUGCAGGUUUGAGAGUACAGUACAAGUCGGCAAGCUGCAAGAUCUCGUGAAUCGCAGCAAGAUGGCACGUUGCCGAGGGCGCUUUGCCUGUCCGGUCAUACUCUACAAGGGAAAGGUAAGAAAACAUACCUUCCUUGUACCUUCUCAGAUCUCUAUCUCCCAAUCUUUUGGAGUAUCACUGAGAAUACAUGUAUAAUACAAGACUCAAAAAUUUUAAGUAUUCCAAUAGAUGGUGAGUUAGUGUGAAUACUGACUCAUAACUGGUAAGCAAGUAAACAGCAACUAUGGAUAUAUUGGCCAGUUAGAACGAUCUAUGGCAGUUCUGUUUUCAUCUUUUGGGGCUUUUGUCAGUUUAUUAAAAUUAAAAAAAUCUGAAAAUAUGCAUAGUUACUCCUCUCCCAUCUUCCCAUUUUAAGCACUUUUUGCUGGUAUAUGAUGACACAGCUCAAAAAGCCCCUUCUUUCUGCACGGUUUCUCUAAUAACAGGUGUUUGUUUCCUCAUAUAUCACACUGAAUAGUUCAUAAGUAUAACGCUGCUGAUGACAACUUCCAUAAACCUCUCCUGUAUAUAUUGGAGUAAAUUAUCACUGUGAAAAGUAUUAGAGCAUCAUGAUCCCAUCCUUCUCUGGGCAGUGGUGACUUUUCGGAUAUUCAAAACGUCAGAAAAUUUUUAUUUUUUUUAAAUUUUUAUUAAUAAUGCUGCAGCAUUACACAUGAGAAAUAUUUUAAAAAAUAAAUUACCGUAUAUACUCGUGUAUAAGUCGAUCUCAUGUAUAAGUCGAGUGCAGUUUUGUGACCAACAAUUGUGAAAUAUGCUAUGCCUCGUGGAUAAGUCGAGGGUAAAACUUGGGGCUAUGAAAUUCUGUGAUUUUUAUAAUUACAGGGAGUGCAGAAUUAUUAGGCAAGUUGUAUUUUUGAGGAUUAAUUUUAUUAUUGAACAACAACCAUGUUCUCAAUGAACCAAAAAAACUCAUUAAUAUCAAAGCUGAAUAUUUUUGGAAGUAGUUUUUAGUUUGUUUUUAGUUUUAGCUAUGUUAGGGGGAUAUCUGUGUGUGCAGGUGACUAUUACUGUGCAUAAUUAUUAGGCAACUUAACAAAAAACAAAUAUAUACCCAUUUCAAUUAUUUAUUAUUACCAGUGAAACCAAUAUAACAUCUCAACAUUCACAAAUAUACAUUUUCUGACAUUCAAAAACAAAACAAAAACAAAUCAGUGACCAAUAUAGCCACCUUUCUUUGCAAGGACACUCAAAAGCCUGCCAUCCAUGGAUUCUGUCAGUGUUUUGAUCUGUUCACCAUCAACAUUGCGUGCAGCAGCAACCACAGCCUCCCAGACACUGUUCAGAGAGGUGUACUGUUUUCCCUCCUUGUAAAUCUCACAUUUGAUGACGGACCACAGGUUCUCAAUGGGGUUCAGAUCAGGUGAACAAGGAGGCCAUGUCAUUAGAUUUUCUUCUUUUAUACCCUUUCUUGCCAGCCACGCUGUGGAGUACUUGGACGCGUGUGAUGGAGCAUUGUCCUGCAUGAAAAUCAUGUUUUUCCUUGAAGGAUGCAGACUUCUUCCUGUACCACUGCUUGAAGAAGGUGUCUUCCAGGAACUGGUAGUAGGACUGGGAGUUGAGCUUGACUCCAUCCUCAACCCGAAAAGGCCCCACAAGCUCAUCUUUGAUGAUACCAGCCCAAACCAGUACUCCACCUCCACCUUGCUGGCGUCUGAGUCGGACUGGAGCUCUCUGCCCUUUACCAAUCCAACCACGGGCCCAUCCAUCUGGCCCAUCAAGACUCACUCUCAUUUCAUCAGUCCAUAAAACCUUAGAAAAAAUCAGUCUUGAGAUAUUUCUUGGCCCAGUCUUGACGUUUCAGCUUGUGUGUCUUGUUCAGUGGUGGUCGCCUUUCAGCCUUUCUUACCUUGGCCAUGUCUCUGAGUAUUGCACACCUUGUGCUUUUGGGCACUCCAGUGAUGUUGCAGCUCUGAAAUAUGGCCAAACUGGUGGCAAGUGGCAUCGUGGCAGCUGCACGCUUGACUUUUCUCAGUUCAUGGGCAGUUAUUUUGCGCCUUGGUUUUUCCACACGCUUCUUGCGACCCUGCUGACUAUUUUGAAUGAAACGCUUGAUUGUUCGAUGAUCACGCUUCAGAAGCUUUGCAAUUUUAAGAGUGCUGCAUCCCUCUGCAAGAUAUCUCACUAUUUUUGACUUUUCUGAGCCUGUCAAGUCCUUCUUUUGACCCAUUUUGCCAAAGGAAAGGAAGCUGCCUAAUAAUUAUGCACACCUGAUAUAGGAUGUUGAUGUCAUUAGACCACACCCCUUCUCAUUACAGAGAUGCACAUCACCUAAUAUGCUUAAUUGGUAGUAGGCUUUCAAGCCUAUACAGCUUGGAGUAAGACAACAUGCAUAAAGAGGAUGAUGUGGUCAAAAUACUCAUUUGCCUAAUAAUUCUGCACUCCCUGUAUAUACACACACACUCAUACAAACACACACUCUGCAUUAUAUAUACACACACACUCAUACAAACACACACUCUGCAUUAUAUGCACACACUCUGUGUAUAUAAUGUAGAGUGUGUAUAUAAUGCAGAGUGUGUGUUUGUGUAGUGUGUGUAAACUGGGUGGGGGGAGGGCAUUUUUAUUAUUUGAAUUUAUUUUUAUAUUUUUAUAUUAUUAUUAUUAUUUAUUUAUUUUUUUGUCCCCCCCCCUACCUGCUUGUUAACUGGUCAGGGAGGGGGGCUAUCUUAAUCCCUGGUGGUCCAGUGGCAUGGGAUUUGAAGUGGGGGGGCUGGCAGGAAGCAUUUACUUACCUUUCCUGCAGCUCCUGUCAGCUCCCUUCUUCUCCGUUCCGGUCAGCUCCACUGUAAGUCUCGCGGUCUGGUUGCCGCGCGGAUCGUUGCCAUGGCUCUGAUGGCCGCGGCUCUCUAAGUUGCCAUAAUACAGACAGUGACUCGAGUAUAAGUCGAGUGGGGGUUUUUAAGCACAAAAAUGUGCUGAAAAACUAGACUUAUACUCGAGUAUAUACUGUAAAAAAAUAGAAUAUUAUUAAAAAGUUUUUAGUUUUUUUUUUCUGAUCUUCAACAAAAUAAAUAUAUAUAUAAUAAUUUUUUUUUUUUAAUCUGGUUCUUUUUUGUGUUUUUUUUUUGUUUGUUUGUUUUUUUUUGUUUGUUUGUUAGUGUUUAGGAGUGUUUUAUUAUCUGUUGUCAUAAGCCAUUUAUUUUUUUUUUUUCCCCUUUGUUUUCUUCCAGCAUAUUUGUAGGUCAGCAACUCUGGCUGGAUGGGGGGAGUUAUAUGGCAGGACUGGUUACAACUACAUUUUCUCAGGUACGGUGAUCACGGACAGGUUUUACAUGGAAACUAUGUCGAUUUAUCAUAGUCCCUGCAAACUCAAAGCUCUGUGUGUGGGGGGGGAAAAAAGCCUUGCAGUAACUGCUAUAGAGCUGUGUAUCCUAUGUUUUGGCUCAUGUCAAGAAUACUACCUUUUACAAUACUCUUGUAAGGAUAUAUGUGAUUAGACCACGCUGAAAAACGCUUUUCUAGGUGGAGGUUUCUGUAUUGGUGAAAAGCCAAAGACUGAAAUCUCCAAUUUGCUAUGCAGCCUCCUUUGUAUGUCAGUAUUCUAGUUCAGCUGUCUUUAAAUCUAACCUGUAGUGUAGAUUGGAAACCUGUUUAGGGAGAGCAUGCAGAUUAAAUUCACAAUAAGCGGUAAUACCACACAAUAUCCACUUGGUGGUAAGACUGUCCAGGACAAUGCAGGAUGGAUCUAUCCAAAUGAUGUGUCAGAUUCCUCUCUGGCAUGUGGUGCAUUGUACAUUGGCAGGAUCUGUAGAUAAAUCACCAGGGAUAAGCUGUGGUUAGCAAUAGUUUUGUGUUUAACAAUAAGAGCAUGUAUGUAUGUAUGUAAAUCACUCCAAACAGCGGUGUUUACAUGGUGUGCAAAACAGAUUUAUAUUGUGUAUUUGUUUUUUCCACUUUUUUUUUUUUUAGUUAUAGUGUGUAUUACGAUGAGAAUACACAAUGUGUUUAUGUUGGACAAUGCAUCAUAUUUUGACCCUAAGCGCUAGUGAAAUACACCCAUUGUUUGUUUCUAAUAGUUUCAUGUUCAUACUUUAUUUCCUGCAGGGGGCUCAGAUGAUGUUUGGGCAGAUUCGGAAGUUGCAGAAGAUGACGCUGCAGUCAGGUGUGGAUUUUUCGGUUUCUCUUUAAUCCUAUAUAAAGAGUCGUAGGAUUCGAUCUUUCAGUAGAACAGUUUAAUUUCUGUGAAACUUAGCAGGAACUGUGCCAGACAUUUCAAAAUCUAUUUAUAUUCCCUUUCCUACCGUGGAAAAUGUAGGCCUGUAAAUCUGUCAUGGGUUAUUUAAUAUAUUGACCUGGAAGCAGCAAGACUGCAGCCUGUUUGUAGGAUGUGGUAUUAAUAAAGCCUAUCAAACCAUAAAAUGUCUUUUGCCUGUCACUUGUUAUUUCAGAAAUGGAGAUUCACAACUGUUUGACAAAGUUCGUGGCCAUGAUAUCAAGUUGUUACGAUACCUCUCUGUUAAAUACAUUUGUGAUUUAAUGGUGGAGAAUAAAAAAGUGAAGUUUGGGUUAAAGUGAGUAUAUAUAUUUUCUGUACUCUUCCUAUUAGUUUGUAAUUAAUUGUAAAGGUGCUUAUUGUCUAACGCUUUAGCAUAUAUCUGCACAUAUCUGUCAAAAACAAAGGUCUUGGAGGCAGGGGGAAAUAUUAUUCAUGUAAUGUAGUACAUCAUUAGUGCAACUGCAAAGUUGUUCAAAUGAAUGCCUGUUGGAUAAAAUAGUUAUAGAACAAUUGUGAGGUUUUUAAAGCAAUUUAAGGUAGCUAAAAGUUGCAAAUAGCCAACACCUGAAAUGUUGUUACACAUAAGUAAAAUAUAAAUUAAAAAAGUGUAACCUUUUUUUAAUUCUAAAGAGACAUUCCAUAAAAACCAGUUAUGCCAAACAUGGGCAGACUAUACUGGGAAAGUGAAAGUGAGGUCACAAAUCAAAAGCUCACCAAUAAAUGUAGACAUUUCUAAAAGUAUGUCUGAGCUGAAAAGGUCCAAGGUGAAAGACCCCGAAAAAAAUGUGACAAAUUAUAGUGAUAAGUUCAUUUAGAACAGAUGCAAUCCAUAUGCUUCGCAGAUGACGUUUAGAUUCAACGAGAUAGAGAGAGAUCUCUCCUAUCUAUCUAUCUAUAUAUACACACCUACCUGUUUUCCACUUCUUCCAUCCUGCCAUAAACUAUGACCUGUGUGCUACUAUUCUUGGCGCACUGCAUCACAUGGUGUGGAUACUUUCACAGCUACUCUGGGUCUACAAACUUUCAGUCUUUUUUUCUUGUAGCAAUUGCACAGCUGCUAAGAUACUGCACAACUACUCUGGAUCUUUGAGUUUGUGGUCUUUGCUCUUAUACCAAGGGCAUAUCAGUAAAGGUCCCAAGAAGGUUUACUGGUCAAUACCUGACUAUUUAAUAAAUCAUCAGGGUUAAUCACUGCCACACUAAAUCCAUUUAGACAUAAAAGAUACACAUUAAAUACUCACAUGUAUAUGUAUACCUGCAUUUACUUGUCAUUUGUGGCUAUACCUGCCUGAUUUAGAAGUUUUUUUGUCUGGUGGUUUUUAUUCAAAUAAAUGUUUACUAUAUUAAUGGAGUACUGUAGCUGAAACAGACUACCCAUGGCUUGUUGUGAUGCAACUCACUGUAUUGCCAUUGGGUACCAGGCAGCAAGUGGCAGAACAUCUCUGCUAAAUGGUGAAUACUUUAAUAGGACCACUUUGGCCGCCAUAACUUAUUGAUAAUAAAGUUAUGUUGCAAGUAGGUCCUGGGUGCUGUCUUACAGUCUUUGCACGAAUUCAAGUAAAUCCAGAAUCCCCCAAGCAAAGCCAAUGCUUCUCCAUGUCCCUUCUUUCACUCACUCUCCUUUCAGGUGAGUGAGAGUGAGUGAAAGAAGGGACAUGGAGAAGCAAGGUAAAGAGGAUGGUGCAAAGUGGCAGUGAUGGGAGAAAAGGGAGGGGGGAUUGCAGGUAAGGAAAAGGGGGAAGAGGAAUAGUUGUGACAUAUGUUUUUAAUACUAUCUUGAGGUCGGAUGGCAGAUACCUAUUGUAUCCAGUAUUUAUCAGUGGUUAGGUUAGCAGAGACAAUCAAAUAUUAUAUGUGUUUGUACAUUGAUUACAUUUUUCAUCACUUCUUUAGUGUGACCUCUUCUGAGAAAGUGGAUAAAGCUCAACGCUAUGCAGACUUUACGCUCCUGUCUAUCCCUUACCCAGGUACAUCAUGAUACAAUAUUGUACUUACAGUUGGACUGUAACUUUCCACGAUAUUAUAAAAAAGGUUUUAUGCUUACAUUUUGCAAAUAUAAUAUUUAAAUGGUGUGCAAAAAAUCUAAUUUUAAAUGUAGAAAUCACACCUUUUUAUCCUGUAACUCGUGCUAUCUUGGCUCUCUGUCAAUCAUUGUUAAAAGCUCUGUCAUUCUUACCUGGCUGUCAACAUAGAGAACUUUACAAAGUGUGUAAAAUGGUUGAAAUAUGUGAAAGAAGUAAUGCUUCCCUCAUAAAUUAGGAUUAUUUAUACACAUUCACAAUAUAAUCUUGUAAACUAGACUUCAUCUUUUCUUUGCAGGCUGUGAAUUUUUUAAAGAUUAUAAAGAUCGCAAUUAUUCUGCUGAAGGGCUUGUUUUUAACUGGAAACAGGUAAGGCUCCAAUAUGUGGACAAUUAAAGGGAUAAUGUAGUGCCUGAAAUACAAAGCUGUAUUCCUGGCACUACCGAUCCCUCGCCCCCCCUCCUACUCAGUAAAUAAAGGGCUAAAAACCCUUUAUUUGCCUUAUCCCAGCACCUAUGCUGAAGGUAAAAGCACUUAAGUGCUUGCAACAUAUGAGAAUAUUAAAAAAUGUACCACACAGAACCAAUUUACAAUUUUCAGAGAGAUGUAGAGCUAAAUGCCAAAAGCAGGCAUACAAGUAAGAUUUGAAAGCUCUACAAAAUGGGGUGGAGCUGUAACAAAUGGUAUAUCCAUGUAUACAUGCCUAUUUCAGUAAAUAGUCUGUAAAAUAUAAUAAAGUUUAGUGGUGCAAGUAAGUUAUUACAAUAUGAGUAAAAGUAAAGGUGAUCUGUCGUGCUUGCAAAGGAUGGAGCCAAACAUCACACUUUUCUGUUUCCUAGCAGGGACUGGUAGAUGGUUCCAGCUAGCCAGGGAAAUCCGUAAUCAGGAACUCAACAAGAUGGAUAUAGUAAUAGGCAAUUUUAGAAAAUAGAAUAACCAAAAUAUAAAAGUCCAAUUGGAAAUAAAAUACUACGUCUAUUAGGCUUAUCACAGUGUUUAUGUAAAUGUUAACAUUUCUUUUUUCGAUUUUGUUCUUCUUUUCUUUAAGGACUUUGUUGAUGCUCCUCUAAGUAUUCCCAGCACUCUGACCAGAAACCUUAACAUUGAUUGGAGUGCGUAUCAGGUCAGUGCAAAAAUUCUAAUUUUAUCCUUCACCAUGGUAGACUGGCCACAAAUGCUAUUCAUUUGUUACAUUGUUGCUACCCAUACUAUAUCAUGGGUACACGUUGGUCCUUAUUACAAGAGGGGACAGAUCAAUAACUACCACUAUACUGAAGCUGAGAUCUGCUACAAGUCAGGACAUUAUUUAUUUAAGUCCUACAUUCUAAUACAGGUGUUUUUGAGUUUUCCUGUAGAGUCCCUUUCAUAGGCAGUCUGCAGUACCUUGGUCUAAGCUUGCAAUGACUUUUCAUUUGAAUCCACUUUAGUCAGGUGGCAUGAAGAGCGUAAAAUGACUUAGUGAACUCAGACAAGCAUGUACAUGGAAAGCAGAACUUAUUUCUUCCACCUUCCUACUGCUUUUUUCCCCUUAACUUUAGUUGUGAAUCACCAAUCCACACAACCAAACGUGUGUUUUUUUUUUAAAUUUAUUUUUAGUGCUUCCUUUUUCAAAAUGACUGUAUCUAAUUUGUAUCUUUUUUUUUUAAAAUUUUUUUUUUUUUUGUGUGUGUGUGUGAUCCAGUACAGUUAUGUGUCAAUUUAAACUGAUAAGGAAGAAAAAUCUGGUGACCUAUAUUAUGUUUGUUAAAUUAAAUAUCUGUAUACACUUCAAGUGACCACUUAUUCCAGUAAUUAAUCGUUGAUUUAAAUAAUUUUGGUGCUUGAGUACUGGAUUAGAAAUUAAAGUAAUUUGGGAUUACCAUUUGAUUUUGUUAGAGAUAUGAACAGAACUUGGCUCGAGAGGUUUUUGAGAAACUGUUUGAAAACCACUGAACUAUAUAGUAUGCUCCUGAUGGUGGUUUGCUGGCUCUAUGCAUAUCUCAUGGGCAAAAAGAACAGGCAAUAGUCUGUGUCUUAACAUCCAGUUAGUUCAUACUCCAUUGUCAAACUAGUUUUAGCUUUGUCGGAACAUUACAGAGAGAACCUAUACCAUAUGCAUAUGCCACUGACCCCACAUAAUCACUCCUGAACUGAAAUGGCAGACGGUUUCCUUGUGCUAGAGGGAUUCUGUAUCGCCACACCAUCGUUCUGGCCUUUUUAAGCCUCAUCAGUGUGGUAUACCUGAAACACUUCUAGGAUUAGGAAGCAAGCAUCUGGAUUACCCAUUAUAUUUAUGAUUAACAGACAUAAGGAACUUAAAGGUACUGGAGCAUUCUGACACGUAAACCUUCUGUGGGAUGUCCUUCAGCUAGUUCAUGCCCAGGUCUCAAGCAAGUUUUAUCCCCAUUGGACCAUUGUGGAAGUAACAUAUACUAUUUGCAUAUUCAACUGAUCCAUGGGCUGUCUAGAUCAAACAGCAGGUCCCCUCUGCACAAGAUGUACAGCAAUCCUCUCUAGACCUGGUCAGUGAGGAGUAGCUGCCACACCCUCUAGGCACAAUGAUUAGAAAACCACAUAAUACCAGAUACCAUAGCAUACUAUUCUGGCGCUUAAUACCAGAGUUCCAGAAUAUUAUGUUAUCCCCAAUAGUAAGAUCCUGGGGUACAACACUGGCUAAGGGAUUCAUUGCUAUGUGCCCUAUUAACUCAGCUUUACUGUUUAUAUUUGUAAUCUAUAGCAUUUUGCAGAUGUGAUCAUCUCUGCAAUAUAAAGCCUAGUAGUAACUUUUUUCUGUCAUAUGGUGGCAGUACCAUUGGGUUUUGCUCCUCCCCUGUGAACAAGACAUCUAGCAAGGUAAUAAUCAAAAAGACCCUCCCCCUUGCCCCAUAAAACGCCGUACGGCAAAACCUACCCCAGUUUCCUUUCUUGUCCCGAGCGGGAAGGACAGGACAUCCGAUGGUGAGACACACGGGUUGUUUGUCUGGGGGACCCGGUCUGAGAGCUGCCCUGACCGCUAAGGUUACGGAGCAAGUGGAGUGAAAGUCUAUUUAUGCCGUGAAUGGUUCCGGCAAUGCUUCCUGGAGGCGGAGUUUAUCCUGAGCAGGCGCACAGCGGUGGAACGCACGCCCGGGUGGUGUUGCGUUCCACCUAAACUUCCGGUUGCGCUAAAACGCAUGCGCAGGCCGGAAGCUUAAAGAGACAGAACAAAAAAACACGAAAAUUUGUAAUGCAGGUGUAUAAAUAGAGAGCUGUGCAGGUACCCACUGACUACAUGGAUGCAGGACAGAAGAGGUAUGCCGUGUCACCUGCCCCCCCACACGGCUCAGAGGUAUUUUGAGGUAAGAGUAAAGAAAUCUUUACUUUUAAAAUAUGCUCUGAAAAUUUUAUGAGGAAAUAUCAAACAUUUUAAGCCUCCAUUUAUAUUUUCUCCACAGAUAUAUCUAGCCCAGCUUAUCCUGAUAUGGACAAGGAAAAACUGGCAGCCUCCAUGCCUAGAAAGGCUACGGCAAAAUCAAAACAUCUAAUUUGCAGUGAGUGUGCAACUCCUCUUCCAGACGGAUCAAGGAAGAAGGUGUGCAGUCAGUGUACUGCAAAUUCCUUGGAAAGAGAUAAGCAAAAAGAUAUGCAAUCUUUCCUAACCUGGUUCCAAGAAAAUCUGGCCCAGACCUUGGAGACUAUUAAAGAGUCCAAAAAGGUGGAAUCCUCUAUACAGCAAGGACAUCAGAGAAUCAAGAAAAGAUCAUCUGAGACGUCAUCCGGGGAAUGUUUUUCCUCUAUAGAUUCAGAUGGGUCAGGAUCCUCAUCAAGUGAACCAGUGGGGUUUCCUCUGGAUGAAAUCUGUAAAUUCAUAAAGGAAGUUAACCUGGUGAUCCUAGCGGAAGGCCCGGAGAAUCCUAAAAGAGGGUUUCCUGUUCAACAAACCCUGGUGGAUCUAAUAUUCAGGGAAUGGAGAAACCCUGAGAAACGUGCCUUUAUAUCCAAACACUUUAAAGAUUUCUUCAGACUGGCUGGCGAAGUAGUCUGGGAAGAUCUCCCUAAAGUAGAUGUCCAGGUGGCUCAGAUUGCUAAAAAGACCACUAUUCCUAUUGGGGAAACUUCGGCUUUAAAAAAAAUCCAAUGGAUAAACGAGAUGAAACCUCUUGCAGGCUUGCUUACCAGAUGGCUGGUUUUCAAUGCAAGGCUUUACUGGCAGGAGCAGCGGUUGCCAGAGCAAAUGGCAUACAAGAUAUUUUAUCUUCUGACCAAGAUAAAGAGCUUAGUCACAUGUUUCAGAAUAUGCGCUUGUCUAAUGAAUAUCUGUUGGAUAUGUAGGUGGAGGUUCUUAAAUUGGCAUCCAGAAUAAUAGUAUUGCCAUCGGUAGCAAGACGAGCCUUAUGGUUAAGGUCAUGGACGGCGGAUUCAGCUUCCAAAUCAGUCCUUUGUGAGCUUCCACUAGAAAAAAAAAGUUAUUUGAGGCUCCUUUAGAAGAAAUAAUUAAGCAAAUGUCAGAAACUAAAAAGGCCCUUGCUCAAGAUAAGAGAUCGGGUUACAGGAAUUACCAGUAUAAAUACAGGAGAUCCUAUCAAGAGAGACCGCAUUUUUUCAAAGAAGGGACAAAAAUCGGAGAUUUGAACAAAGAGGUGAUGUUAAAAGAUCCUUCAGAGAUAAAGAUAGACUUUUCUGACGCCAGAAGUGUGGGGAGGAAGACUCCAACUUUUUUUUCAGGCAUGGGAAAGAACCACAAGCAAUCCCUGGGUUCUAAGUCAGAUCCAGCAGGGACACAAGAUUAUAUUCACAGAGAAACCAAGAGCAAAAUUUCUGGUAUCAACUUACCAGUCUUCAAAAAGAUCACAAGCCCUAUCUUCUCAAACCAUGCUACUUUUGCAAAAAAGGGUGAUAGAGUACCAGAAAAGCAAAGAUUUCGGGGAGUUUACUCAAGAUUAUUCCUGGUUUCAAAACCAGACCACUCUUUUCGUCCCAUUUUGGAUUUAAAAACCAUCAACCGGUUUAUCCCGUAUCAAAGGUUUAGCAUGGAAUCAAACUCUUCUAUUUUUCCUCUUCUACAAAGAGGCUACUUUAUGGUAAAAAUAGACUUGAAGGAUGCCUAUCUGCAUGUUCCGAUUGCUACCACUUCAAGGAAAUUUCUAAGAUUUGUGAUAAAAAGAGGAAGAUCCGCCGAUCAUUUCCAGUUCAGGGCUCUGCCAUUUGGUCUGUCAUCCGCCCCAAGGAUAUUUACAAAAAUCUUGACUCCUCUGACAGCUCAUUUGAGGGAAUUUGGAGUAUCGAUUAUCCCAUAUCUGGACGACUGGCUCCUCAUGGCACAUACAGAAGAGCAGCUGCUCAAAGACCUGCAGGUCACUAUCUGAUUUCUUCAAGACCACGGUUGGAUCUUGAACUUAAAGAAGUCAGUUCUCAUUCCAACAAGAGAAAUAGUUUCUCGGAUCUCAGAAUCAAUUCAGUCUCCUUGUCAAUUCAUCUUCCCAGACUAAAAAGGAGAAAAAUUCGAGAGGCGAUUUACCAAUCUCCAAAAGAUGGAAAGUUGUUCCUUCAGACAGGCCAUGGGCGUAUUGUGCCUUCUAACUGCCGCUUUUCCAGCAGUCAAAUGGGCAAGAUCAAAGGUCAGACCUCUACAAUGGAACAUUCUGACAACCUGGUCAAAAAAGGAGGAAGAUUUAGACAGAAGGUUCUUGUUAUCCCCUCAGGUAAAGACUCUGCUUACUUGGUGGAAAACCUCAGUGUGCCUUUCAGGAGGAUUUUCUUUCCGUCCAAAAGACUGGAUAAUAGUCACUACAGACGCUUCAAAGACUGGUUGGGGAGCUCAUAUGGGCACCACCAUGUUCCAAGGAAUAUGGUCAGUAAGGGAGGCAAAAGAAUCCGCAAACUUCAGGGAAUUACUAGCAGUUCUUUACGCUCUACAUCACCUCAGGCCUUGGGUACAACAAAAAACGGUAAAGAUUCAAUCAGACAAUCGUACAGUAGUCUCAUAUAUCAAUCGCCAAGGAGGAACCAAAAUAAGGAAUCUUUAUUCUUUGUGCAGAAAUUAUGGAGUGGUCUCAAAAAUAUCUGGAAGACAUUUCGGCAGUCCACAUAAGAGGGAGCGACAAUGUAAUAGCCGACAAUCUAAGCAGAGGGAAGUGGGAUCAAAAAGAAUGGUCUUUGAACCCGGAAAUAUUCAGAAUCCUGGCAGAAAGAUUUGGAUUUCUGGAAGUAGACUUGAUGGCAAGAGCAUCGAACACAAAGGUUUACAGCUUCGCCUCCCUAUUCAGAGCAGAUCAACCCAAAUGGAUAGACGCUCUAUCGAUAGUGGAACUUCAGUCUGGCUUACGUGUUCCGCCUCUGCCUUUAAUCUCAAAGGUCCUUCUCAAGAUAAGAACAGACAGAGCGAAAGUAUUGGCAAUAAUUCCAUAUUGGCCAAACAAAGUCUGGUUUUCGGCUUUAAAGAAGAUGACCAUCUUCUCAUACCAAACUUCCUCAUUGUGAACAGGAACCUGCCCUUGGAAGUUCUAAAAAUAUUCAGGUUGACGGCUUGGCUACUGCAAGGCUAAUCCUUCUUAACCAAGGUUUACAAGAAGACAGAAUAGCUAUCUUACUUCACGCUGCCAGGAAGUUUACGUCUAAGAUAUACUUCUUUCUCCACUGGUGUAGGGAACACCAGUGCUUUGAUUUACAUCCAUCUCUAGAUAACAUUCUCCAUUUUUUUUUUUUUUUUACAAGACGGAUUUUCAGCUUUCCACACUCAAAGUUCACAUAUCGGCCUAAAGCUUUUUUUCUAAUUAAGGAUUUGGCCUCCAAUAUUUUCAUCAGAAGAUUUUUUUAGGUCCAUCAGCCUCAGACGUCCUCUUAGAAGAUCGGUGUUUCCAGCUUGGGACUUAUCCCUGGUCCUACAAGCUCUUUGUGUUCAUCCCUUCGAACCUUUGGUAGAAGUUCCAUUAAGAAUUUUGUCUCUUAAAGUUUCAUUCCUGGUAGCCAUCACAUCGGCUAAGAGAGUGGGAGAACUUCACACUCUGUCCUCCUCGGAUGAAUUUACUAUUUUUCACAAAGACAAGGUUGUUCUUUAUCCAAGACCGUCUUUUGUACCUAAAGUUUUGUCUUCAAAAAAUAUUAAUCAGCUGAUUGUUUUGUAGUAAAGCCUCAUCUCCUCAGGAGCUCAAAUGGCAGAAAUUGGAUGUCAGAAGAGCUUUACUUGUAUACCUUGCCAGAACGAAAGAAUUCAGAAUUUCGGAUCACCUGUUUAUUCGUUUUCAAGGUCACUUCAAGGGGAAUGUGGCUUCCCGCGGCACCUUAUCCCGUUGGCUCAUUCAAGCUAUAGAAUUGGCGUACUCUACAGCAGGUCUUCAAGCUCCAGUUACGCUUAAGGCUUAUUCCACCCGAGCAAUGGCCACCUCAUGGGCAGAAAGGGCACUUGCUUCUCCAGAGGUCAUCUGCAAGGCAGCAUGCUGGUCGUCUUUUAACACUUUUAUCAAGCACUAUCAGCUAGACAUAUUCUCUGCCUCUGAAGCAGCUUUUGGGCGUAAGGUGUUACAAGCUGUCGUGGCUUAAGUCCCGCCCGGUUGGGGAUCUUGCUAUAUCCCAAUGGUACUGCCACAAAAUGACAGAAAAAAAUGAAAUUUUACUUACUGUAAAUUCUUUUUUCUUAAUAUGGUGGCAGUACGGCUUUCCUCCCUCUUUAUUAAAACAUUUUUGCAGUACAUUUGGUCUGUUUCUUUCUCUUGUCACGUACUGGGGUAGAUUUUGCAGUACAACGUUUUAUGGGGCAAGUGGGAAGGGUCUUUUUGAUCAUUAUUACCUUGCUAGAGGUCUUGUCCACAGGGGAGGAGCAAAACCCAAUGGUACUACCACCAUAUUAAGAAAAAAAGAAUUUACGGUAAGUAAAAUUUCUGUUUUCAUAGUAGAUCUUAUAUACGUACAUUUUCUGUAUACUUGCUCUCUAUGUAAACUUUUAGCUGCUGGAAGGGACUGAUCUUGUGGUGGUGAGUUAAUGAAUUGUAGUUACAUUUGGCAAGACUCAUGAGACACUACGUGCUACUAGCAAGUAAAAAAUGCUGCAUCAUCUUAUGAGUCUGGUCUGAACUAGAGCACAGCCCAGCAAGAAGUAGAGAAUUGCUAAGUUGACUUUUCUUUUUGAAACACAGGCUACAUACCAACACUCUGAAAGCAUCCUUCAGGGUCUGUCAGAUUGUAGUUUGUGUUAAUGUGAUUUUUACUUUGAUCGAUGUACAUCUAGCUUCAUGUUUUUUGACAAGCUACAUACUUGUGGUGAUGUUAUGCAUUUAGUAUUGUAUUCUGUGAAAUAUUGACCCCGCCCUCAACCUUUUCCUAUUUUCUUCGCAUUCAGAGCUGGGACUUGGUGAAGCAAACCCAGAAUUACCUGAAGCUUCUCAUCCAUAUCAUAAACAGUGAUGGUAAGAGUUUGAUUUAAAUGAUUCAACUUGAAGCAACCUUAUCACUUGUGAGUUUUUAUAUAUAUAUUUACUACAAGUGUCUUUCUCUGGCCUACUGCUGUUGCGGUGAAGGGUAUUCCCUUCAGUAAAUUCAUAAUUGUUUGCAUUAGAUACACAGGACUCCAUUUGCAAUGCUUUGCCCAUGUUACUUUAUUUUAUUAGUCAUAUGAUUAGAUAAAACCUGUUUGAGUGAAAAUAUCCAACAUUCACCACUAGGACGGUUUUUAUAGUGAUUUUAGAGUUUUUAUUGACCUAAUUUUUUUUGGAUCUUCUGGCUUCUUAAUAUUAACGUUUCCUCCUUCUGUUAACUUCCUACAGACAACAAUGGCCUCCUUGUACACUGUAUUUCUGGCUGGGAUCGCACCCCACUGUUUAUCUCUCUCUUGAGACUCUCUCUCUGGGCUGUAAGUGACAUCAAGACACUAAUUCUACAAAUGAUAAAACCCUUAAAGACCAAUUAUGGUUCAUGCCUUCAAAACAAUCAGAUGUAUAAGGAUACUUUUUCCAAAAUGCAAUGCCCAACUCCUUUACAAACACUUGAACGUUACAAAAUUGGCAAUGCUAAUCAAAUAGGACAAGCUUUUCUACUGUACAGUCUCUUGGAGCCAGACUGCAGGCAAAAAAAAAAAACCAAUUGGUCCUUAAGGGGAUAAAAGUUGUGUUGGGAGUUUGAAUACAUUUAUGCAACAAAGUGUUCUGUACAAAAGUGUUUUAAAACAGAAUGCAUAUAGCUGGCACUGAAUGGUAUAUGUAUGAUGUUUUGUGUGAUGUUUUGUAUAGGCGUUGAUGUUCCUGAUAUAGCUCUAUCUUAUACAAAAGUCACUUUCUGUACAACCAAGUACUCACUUUAUUAAUACAGACACAAGAGGUUCCUCGUGUUGCUACCUUAUUACACAGGGUUUCUUCAGCCACCAUCAUUUUGAUCCCUAGAACAUUCCACUUACUGACAAGAGGCAGGAAGCAGAAGAAAGGAAGUGCAUCAACAGCCCAAAUGCCCAUAAUAUAUAAAUAAAUAUAAAUAUAUAAUAUAUAGAGUAUUCCAAAAAUAAGGCUUGCACUCACGGUCUGUAAUAAUGUUAAAAGUUCUUCUUUAUUGCGAUAUUCUUAAAACAAAUCUGUAGUCAUCAACGUUUCAGCCAUCACUUGUGGCUUUCAUCAGGAUCAGUUCAAUACAGUGAUGGCUGAAACGUUGAUGACUACAGAUUUGUUUUAAGGAUAUCGCAAUAAAGAAGAACUUUUAACAUUAUUACAGACCGUGAGUGCAAGCCUUAUUUUUGGAAUACUCUAUAUUGUUUGGCUAUGGCUAUUAUGCACCCGGCAUUUUUUGUACUUUGAAAGUGUGUGUGCAGGGUACCAGUGCAAGAUAUAUAUAUAUAUAUAUAUAUAUAUUUAUAUAUAUAUAUAUAUAUAUAUAUAUUUUCUCUAUCCCCCCAAACAGCCCAUACAUGACACCUACUUCCCUUCUCAAAAAACAGUAAAGAAAUCAACAUUAAUUUAUGAACAAUUUAAGUCAAGAACAUUAUUAAAAAGUGCUUUAAAAUAACCGGUAAUAUUAGCAGCUCACAACCCACAUGCGGGGUUAACCUUACUGCCCUCCACAAAUAGAAAACGCACUAAAAAUCCAAAAGUAAAAACACCCCUGUGAUAGUGAAGCGUUAAAACUGGUAUCUUUCCUUUACAAUAUCUGAUACAUAAGAAGUCCAAGGUAGCAAUAUAUUUAAAGUAAAAACAUAAACAAGGCAUAAAUUCAAUAGCAAACAGGUAACUAGGAACACUCGAAUGGAUGGGAGUCAUGAAAAUUACAAGGAUCACUAUCGGCGCAGGCGCGCCUUGAAGGUGGAAUCUGUAUUAUUUUUGCCCAUCUUCCAGGUCAUCUGUUAUAUAUGGCCUAAGUUGAUUUGUGUGCAACAUAGAAUGUGAUGGCAGAUAAGAACCAUUGGGCCCAUCUAGUCUGCCCAAUUUUCUAAAUACUUUCAUUACUCUCUGGCCGUAUCUUCUAGUUAGGAUAGCCUUAUGCCUAUCCCACGCAUGCUUAAACUCCCUCACUGUCUUAACCUCUACCACUUCAGCUGGAAGGCUCUUCCAUACAUCCACUACCCUCUCAGUAAAGGAAUAGUUCCUGAUAUUGUUUAAUUUUUUUAUUUAUUUUUGGCAGUGCAGUAGUGAAUACAGCGUUUGGCAAUGGUAUGGAUAUGCAUAGAAACAUUGGUAAUAGGCAUCAGACAAGGUUAGUUUUGUAGGAAUUCAAUGCAUAGUGCACUGUUCUUUUGAUUAAAGUAUUGUAACUACAUAAAUGAACAAAGUGCACAAUUUUGUACAAUAGGUUAACAGGGUAGCUCACGUCCUGUCCGGCGGUGGGCAGGAGCAAGUUUCAAUAAAUGACUAUGUAAAUUAGUCCAUUAGGUUGUCGGAUUAGGAUAAUAUCAUAUACUCACAAUAAAACCUAAUGAUAUUUAGUAAAUUAUAAUAGAGUAAUAACAUUAGAAUUCUUCUCAGGUGGACCCAGCUUCUACUGUUAUAAUAGGUCGGUAGGCCUCGGUAUGAGUGGCUGCUUGUUAACUAAAAUAACUCCCUGUGUGUGAGGGUGGGUAAUACUCCUGUAGACUGAGUUUGUGGGUUGUCUAGUUCCCCGUAGGUGUUAAGGCUAGGGCUGAAGGUUAUGUGCCUAAUUUAGGUUUGUACCUCUCGUAUUUGUUGCUGUAGCCUCCUAGGGAGGUUGGCUAAUGUUAAGACUAUGUGAAUGUAUACCCUUAAUGGUGAGCUGUGGUCGGCACUGUGAAUUAUCUUAUUAUUUUUAAUAAUUAUUAUUAUUAUUAUUAUUAUUAUUAUUUAUUAUUUAUAUAGCGCCAACAGAUUCCGUAGUGCUUUACAAUAUUAUGAGAGGGGGGAUUUAAUUAUAAGUAGGACAAUUACAAGAAAACUUACAGGAACAAUAGGUUGAAGAGGACCCUGCUCAAACGAGCUUACAGUCUAUAGGAGGUGGGGUAUAAGACACGUUAGGACAGGAAAUAUCAAAUAGGGUGGGAGUGAAGCAGAGCUGGAGGAGGGGGUAGAGUGCUGCCUUAUAGGAGAGAGCAAGAGACAGGUAUGUAAGGUAGAGGUUACUCUGGGAGGCCAUAAGCUUUCCUGAAGAGAUGGGUUUUAAGGCUCUUCUUAAAUGAUUGAAGACUAGGGGAGAGUCCCAUCUUUCUUUGAGGGGUAUCCAGAGUGCCAAUAGUCUGCAAAAUUUAUGUGCUUUGGUAAAAAGUCUAUUAUAUUUGCCUUUGAAGCGGGAGCCUAGAUGCGACCGCCCAGUAGCUCGGCUAGCCAUGCCCCCAAAAUUAUUUUUAAACCUUUGCUCCUCUAAUUUAAGAAUGACAUCUUGAUGUGGUUUCUCUUCUUUUAAAUAUGAUCUCCUCCUUUACUGUGUUGAUUCCCUAAAUGUUUCUAUCAUAUCCCCCUGUCUCGUCUUUUCUCCAAGCUAUACAUGUUAAGAUCCUUUAACUUUUCCUUGUAAGCUUUAUCCCGAUAUGGUCUCCAGUACUGCGUACAAUACUCAAAGUGAGGUCUCACCAGUGUUCUGUACAAUGGCAUGAGCACUUCCCUCUUUUUACUACUAAUACCUCUACCUAUACAACCAAGCAUUCUGCUAGCAUUUUCUGCUGCUCUAUUACAUUGUCUGCCUACCUUUAAGUCAUCAGAAAUAAUCACCCCUUAAUCCCUUUCCUCAUAUGUUGAGGUUAGGACUCUAUCAAAUAUUCUGUACUCUGCCCUUGUGUUUUUUACGUCCAAGAUGCAUUAUCUUGCACUUAUCCACGUUAAAUCACGGUUGCCACAACUCUGACCGAUUUUCUAGUUUACCUAAAUCAUUUGUCAUUUGGCUUAUCCCUCCUGGAACAUCAACCCGGUUACAUAUCUUAGUAUCAUCAGCAAAAAGACAUACUUUACCAUCAAGACCUGCUGCAAUAUCAUUAAUAAAAAUAUGAAAGAGAAUGUGUCCAAGUACAGAUCCCUGAGGUACCCCACUGGUGACAAGUCCAAGCUUCGAAUAUAUUCUAUUAACUACAACCCUCUGUUGCCUGUCACUCAGCCACUGCCUUACCCAUUCAACAAUAUUGGAAUCCAAACUUAAAGAUUGUAGUUUAUUGAUAAGCCUUCUAUGUGCAACAGUGUCAAAAGCCUUACUGAAAUCUAGGUAAGCAAUGUCUACUGCACCACCCUGAUCUAUUAUUUUAGUUACCCAUUCAAAAAAAUCAAUAAUAUUAGUUUGGCAUGAUCUCCCUGAAGUAAACCUAUGUUGUCUCUGAUCAUGAAACCCAUGUCAUUUUAGAUGUCCAACAAUCCUAUCCUUUAACAUGGUUUCCAUUACUUUCCCCACAAAUAAAUAAUAUAUAAAUAUAUAUAUAUAUAUAUAUAUAUAUAUAUAUAUAUUUGUUUGUGUUUUUUUUUUUUUGUUGUUUUUUUUUAAUUAAAUCUUUUUCUGCAGAUGUGAGUAAUCUAGAGGCAUAAGCCACUGACCUGUCUGUCCCAUCAGCCAUGGAAUGAAACAGAACUGCCUUUAGUCCGUAGCAAUGAAAACUAGCCUUUCCAAGUCAUGAUGAACUACUAACUAGUUCUUUAGAUUUAUAGAAUGCUGAAGCGUUCAGUGCCAUUGUCCUUUACUCUGUAACGUGUACAACAACACAUAAGCUAAAGCACAAAACCAUAAGGAUUUAACAGACCAAGAUAGGACUCACUUGUUACAUUUUCUAGAGUUGGGAGCAUCUUAUAAGGCCUUGACCUUAUCCAUUAUUUGCAGCCCAUGUCUGUCAAUCCCAUGAACACACAAUUCAAGACAAUCCUGCAUGCAUUGGCAUGUAUCCAAAUUCACCUUUAAUCCAUAUUCCAUACACCGCCCAUGUACCACAAUGUUUAUAUAUGAUAGGUGUGUGUGUGUGUAUGUAUAAUGUGUGUGUGUGUGUGUGUGUGUGUGUGUGUGUAUAUAUAUAUAUAUAUAUAUAUAUAUAUAUAUAUAUAUUAUCUCUAUCUAUAUAAUAUCUCUAUCUAUCUCAUCUGUUGAAUACCAACUUGACCCUGCUUUAUAAAAAGAUGCAUUGACAUGGUUAACGUUGUAUAUUACAGGACGGUAUGGUUCACAGCAACCUGAAACCUGUAGAGAUUCUGUACCUGACGGUUGCAUAUGACUGGUUCCUCUUUGGGUGAGUUUAAAUGGGGCCUGAAUAUCUGUUUUUAAAAUGCAGACACAUCCGACUGACUUAAAGGACCACUAUAGUGCCAGGAAAACAUACUCGUGUUCCUGGCACUAUAGUGCCCUGAGUGUGCCCACACCCUCAGGGACCCCCUCCCGCUGGGCUGGAUGGAGAGGAAGGGGUUAAACUUACCUCUUUCUCAAGUGCCGGGCGGGAAGCUCUCCUCCCUCUUCUCCUCCUCUUUGGCUGAAUGCUCAUGCGCAUCAGGAGCUGCGCGCGCAUUCAGCCUGUCCAUAGGAAAGCAUGCACAAUGCUUUCCUAUGGACGCUGGCGUCUUCUCACUGUGAUUUUCACAGUGAGAAAUGCGAAAGCGCCUCUAGCGGCUGUCAAUGAGACAGCCACUAAAGGCUGGAUUAACCCUAACAUAAACAUAGCAGUUUCUCUGAAACUGCUAUGUUUAUAGAAAAAAGGGUUAACCCUAGCUGGACCUGGCACCCAGACCACUUCAUUAAGCUGAAGUGGUCUGGGUGCCUAUAGUGGUCCUUUAAGGUCAUACAAGCAGCCUGAAAGACCCUAGCAAAGGGCUGGUAGCACAUCCUCCAAUAAGUUUAGUUUCCAUUUAAAAAAAAAAAGAGAGCGAGGUGUAAUGAAUGUACUGACAGUUCUAGAUUAAUAACUCUCUGAAUGCAUGUAAUCUUCUACCUUGAUUUGGAGAGGGCGGGGAGUUUUCCCCCAUCCUCUUCUAGACCCCCCUUUAGGAAUUCACACCUUUCAGGAUGCAGAUCCUAAUCCCAAAAACAGCCUAGUCAAUGUCUUGGAGCGAGACAUUGGGGGCAAUAAAUAAUUUUUAUGUAGUUUUUAACAGGCACCUAGGAUUUUUUAGUGUUGGGAUGUGCUAACCUCCAGAUAUUUACAGCUGGAAUGACAAACACGAAUUUAUAUAAUGAAACACAGCCCUGUUCCUUCUGCUUAUUUAGGAUUUAUUUUUAUUUGGAAUAAAUUGAUCUAUGAGAAUUAAUUACUGAAGUGAGAAAAGUAAAUUUAAAUUUUUAGGACCGAAUAGCCAAAAUAGAAGCCUAGCUGAUUAAGAAUUUCCCCAACCUGGCUAUUUUGGCCUCACAUUUGGAUUCUAACUUCGGUGAGGAACCCUGUUAGAUUUCCACUAGUUCAAUACCAUAAAAUUCUAAGCAGGCUGUCAACAUCAGGCACUUUUCAAGCAUUGUUAUUCUCAGAGCCAGGUUUUAAAUUUGUUUUAUUAUUAACCCCUUAAGGACACAUGACAUGUGUGACAUGUCAUGAUUCCCUUUUAUUCCAGAAGUUUGGUCCUUAAGGGGUUAAAGGACCACUAUAGUAAACCAGACCACUUCAGCUCAAUGAAGUGGUCUGGGUGCCAGGUCCCCCAGGUUUUAACCCUGCAGCUGUAAACAUAGCGGUGCCAGAGAAACUGCUAUGUUUACAUUGCAGGGUUAAUCCAGCCUCUAGUGGCUGUCUUAUUGACAGCCACUAGAGGCGCUUCUGAGACUCUCAGUACGAAAAUCGCAUUGAGCUCGCAGAACGUCCGUAGGAAAGCCUUGAGAAAUGCUUUCCUAUGGGCGUUUUUAAUGCGCGUGUGGCUCUGGCUGCGCAUGCGCAUUUGGCUCCACUCGGAAGUUGAUGUCGGAGGGGGAGGAGAGGUCACCGGUGCUGGAUAAAGGUAAGUGGCUGAAGGGGUUUUAACCCCUUCCGCCCAGCGGGUGGGGGGACCCUAAGGAUUUUAUAAUGUCAGGAAAAUUAGUUUGUUUUCCUGACACUAAAGUGAUCCUUUAAAAAAAAAAAAAUGUACAUUUAUAUAUUCUAUAUUUUUCUAAUAAUGUGACUUUAUUACAUGUUUCAUAUCUUAGACACUUGUUGGUGGAUCGUCUCUGUAAAGGCGAAGAGGUAAGAUACCUUAUCUUUCUCUAUACUGGCAAAUGGCAAAAUACCUUACUUGUGAUUUCAAUGUGCUCUCACUUGUGUUUUUAAACCUUCUGCCUUCUUAGAGCCUGUCCAUGCUUUCUGUUUUAAUUGAAUUUCAGCAGUAAUUCUAUUUACACGUAUGCAUAAGCUUAAAGCCAAUAAAAUGCCAUGCUUGUAGAGCAUUUUUUUUUUUUUUUUUUGGCAAAGACACCACAAGUUGAUUUGUCUGAUUUCAUGAUGGCAUAUAGAACGGAGGGAGGAAAAUACUCCACUGCUAUUGAUCUAUUGUCACCUCCUGGUUAAUCAAGCCUCAUUCAUAUGAGAGAGACUGCAACUAUGGAACAGUGAGUGUAUACACUGAUCAGCCACAACAAUAAAACCACCGGCUUAUUAUGAUGUAGGGACCCCUUGCGCUGCCAAAACAGCUCUGAUGCGUUCAAGCAUGGACUCCACAAGACCUCUAAAUGUGUCCUGUGGUAUCUGGCACAAAGACAUUAGCAGCAGAUUCUUUUAAAUCCUGGAAGUUGCGAUGUUGGGCCUCCAUGGCUCAUAUUUAUUGUACAAGCACAUCCCACAGUUGCUCAGUUGGAUUGAGAUAUGGGGAAUUUGAGGAACGUGACACAGAGUUCAAGGUGCUGCCUUCCUGACCAUCCCUUAAAAAAUUUCUCAGUGUGGUAGGGUGCAUUAUCCUGCUGAAAGAGGUCACUGCCAUUGUGGAACAGCAUUGCCAUGAAGGUGUGCGGUACGUGUCAAAGUAACAUCUACAUAAAUGCCAGGAACUAGCAGAAUAUUGCCCAGAACAUAACACUGCCUCUGCCGGCCUGCCUUCUUCCCUUUGUUCAUCCUGCUGCCAUCUCUUCCCCAGGUAAAGAAUGCACGCCCCUAGCCUUCCACCUGAUCUAAAAGAAAACCUGUUUUAUCAGACCAAGCAACCUUCUUCCCUGGUGCUAUGGUCCAGUUCUGUCACAUCCCCACUGAAGGCAAUUUUGGAGGCGGACGUGGGUGGUAAUGGGCACCCUCACCGGUCUGCCGCUAAGCAGCAAACUACAAUGCUCUGUGUGUUCCGACACCUUUCUAUUAUGGCCAGCAUUAAGUUCAGCAGUUUCAGCAAUUUGAACUGAAAUAGAUUUUCUGUGUGAUUGGUCUAGAUGGUCAAGCCUUUGCUUCUCACAUGCAUCAAUGAGCCUUUGACACUCAUGAACCUGACAUUGGGUUGGCACUAAGCACUGCAUACUAGGAACACCCCACAAGACUUGACAUUUUGGAGAUGCUCUGAUCUAGUCGACCAGCCAUCACUAUUUGUCCCUUGCUCAUUUUUCCUGCUUCCAACACUUGAAAUGCAAGAACUGACUGUUCGUUUGCUGUUGUAAUGAUCUAAUCAGUUAUUCACUUCACCUGUCAGUGGUUUUAAUGUUGUGGCUGAUCAGUGUAUAGUCUCAUGCUGUAGGCAUCUAUUGCACAUAACUUAAGCUCCAGUUACUUGCCAUGUUUUGUCAGAAAUCAUACAUCCCAUUACUCCUUUGUUUUAUGAUAUUUUUACAUAAGGCACAGUAUAUGUUCUCCUGUAGCAAAUUUCUUGAUGGUUUUGAAUUCCAGAUUGGUUGAAAUUUUUUUUAAUUUUUUUUCACUUCUACUUUACAUUAAACAAUUAAUUGUGAAUUACAAAGUCAAACCAUGAAAGCAAAUUUAGAUACAUUUUGUCCUUUCUUAACCACUUAUUAUUUUUAUUUUUUUUACUGUAUUAAACCACAUUGUGUCAUUUGUCAUACCGACACAUGCUUGCUAUAACCUAUCAGUUCUUAUCUAACAGAAUUUCUGUUCUCACGCAGAUCUUUUUCUUCUGCUUCAAUUUUUUGAAGCACAUAAUUUCUGACGAGUUCUCCUCAGCUGGGAGGAAAGUACGGUAAGUAUACACAAUACAAAUUUGAAAUAGUUGAUAUCUUGGUGAUAGAGUGUGUGCCAUUAGUCCUCUGCUGCCCUGACCUAGUUUAUUAAACAUAUUCUCCGCUGGAAAUCUUCCGCAUGAGUGUUCUGGUGCAGUAGAAAAAGUAAGUUUAAAAAUUAAGAAAUAGUCAGGCAUUUCUGUUGUACUCGUUAAAUGGACUGUAUAUGUCAACAUUUGGUCCUUCCAUAGCAAUGCAAACCAGACAGCUCAUAUGGGAAAUUAUACCUUAAAGGGACACUAUAGGCACCCAGACCACAGCUCUCAUUGAAGUGGUCUGGGUGCAGUGUCCCAGGUCACUUAAUCCUGCAAAGGUAAUUUAUUGCAGAUCUUUAAGAAACUGUAAUAAUUCGCUUGGUGGGUUAACUCCACCUCUGGUGGCUUUCUACCCGCAUCCACUAGAGGGACUUCCGGCCCAGUGGGGGACUUUUGGUAUGCAUGGGAUGUCCAGCGUCACCCAAAACCUAUAGAAAAGCAUUGUAUAAUGCUUCCCUAUAGGGGACAUCUUAAUGCUAGAGCUGAUGACCUAGGCGGACUUGCGCCAGCACUGAGGGACGUCGCGCUGGGCUGAGGUAAAUGACAGAAGAACCACUUUGUUUUCCUGGUACUAUAGUUUCCCUUUAGGAACUUAUAUAAAAAUUUCCAUUGCCUUUAAGUACAUUUAAAGGGCACCCCAUAGUUUACAAAUUCACAAGUAAAAUAAUGUUUCUGAGGCAAAUGUCCAGGUUUUAAUCGAAUUCUGUUGCUUCCUUGAGGUUGUGUUUGAGUCUUAUGUGUUUUGUAUCCCUUUUGUAAAGCAAUAGUUUAUGGAAAAUCUAUUGAAACAGACAAAUGCAGCAAUGGCUGUGGGUGUAGCGUGGGUUUACUUCUUCAUGACUUAAGGCAACACUGGUCAGGCUUUAAAGAAAAUCUACAGUGAUACAUUAUUUGCUAGGAUUCUCUAGUGCUGGAGGGAAUUUUGUCAAAGUGCAAAUGGAUUUAGAACUUUCAUUUGUAAAUACUUUGCAUCUGACAUCAUGACAUUGAAGAGGUUGCAAUCAUGGUGUUUGCCAAUCUUGCCGAAGAUACAGCAGUUGGAGCUUUAAUUGCUGUGCUGUUUCAAUGGUUUGCAUACAUGCAUUUAAGUUCUGUUUCUGUCCAUCAGGCGGAAAAGUUCCAGAGAACCUGCUUUAUCGUUGGAAGACUUCUGCAUGUUGAGUAGGUGAUUCUUAAGCAUAAGAAUAUCUUUUGAAAUGGCUAGUAUAAUGACUGGCACAACUAUGCUUAAACUAUUAAUCAAAUGUUAUACUCUGAAUUAAAAAAACAAAACAAAAGGUACGUCUAUUUAUAUUGUAGUAUAGAAGUAAUACUGUUGAUAUGCAUUUUUAUUAUCAGAAUUCCACAGCUAGAGUAUUCAAAAUAUAAAAAAUAUUGAUUCUCAUGGCCAACUUUCUGGUUGCCUUGGAGACAAUUGACGAGCAGGAGCUACUUUCUCAGGGGGUUGGCUGGGAAUCUGUUAAUGAGCAGGGGCCUUCCCAGGGGUGUUUUGCACCUAUUGGCAAACAAAGGAUUCUACUUGGUUAUCUGGACGUCUAUUGACAAGGAGGGAUUACUUUCAUUACCUAUUAGUGAGCAGGUACCUUUAUUGGCAACAAGGGGCCACUUUCUCAUUUAGUGAGGAAUGCUACUUUCUGGGGUUGCCUGGACAUCUGUUUCGUAGACAAAUGGCUUUGAAAUUUGAAGAAGAAAAAUAUUUGAAUACUAGUUAGGCAACAACUUUUUGACUGAAAUUACGAUUUUCCUAAAACUCUCCCCACUUGUAAUGUAUUUUUUUAUUUUUUUAUUUAAAGCCAUCUCCUGCAUUAUUAUUUAUUUAUUCCACCCGCUCCCCCCCUGUCCUUACACAACAUAUUUAUGACUCUCUGUGACGAUGGCGUCUAUUUUCUGUUGGACAUGUUAAUGUGCCCUUUAACCCCAGUAUCACAACUUAACGUUAAAUUAUGUGUCUUUUUUGCUCAGAAAUGCUUUAGACUUAAGUAAGGGAGGUUCUCCCAGAAGCUUAUCAUUCCAAAAUUCUGUUAGUCCAAUAAAGGUAUUACAAGAUAUUAAUUUCAUCCGUUAAUUUACAUCUGCAUCACUGGACUAAUGGGCUACAAUCUCUACUCGAACACUAUGUGAGUCUUGGUCCUUGUGAGCAGCUAUAAAAUGUUUUUUCUUUAUUUCAGAACGCAGAGAUCGGGGCAGCGCCACUAGUCUCAGCAGCGACUUCUCUGUUAUUACUGAAGAUUUAGCUGGUUCUUCUGCAAACACGAACACCGAAAUGGUAGAUGCUGUGACCUCUGGAGCCCAAGGCCAUGCAGUUUGGUAAGAUAUGGAUCUUCUGCCUAUAUUACGUAUUUCUAGCUAGCUGAUAUCUUUUAGGAUCAGGGGGAUGCUUACAAUUUUAAAUAGUUCUAUAAUUCCACUUCCCAGUGUGUGAAAGGCUAAACUGGCCAGUUACAUAUGCAAUCAAUCUAAUAUAUGUAAAAAAAUAAGUCCCUUCUGUAGACCAUACAUCGUUUCUUUUCCAUGUGAUUUGCAGUUUGGUCAUUUACAAAGAAUUGGGCUUCUGCAUUCUUAUUUUCACUCUUAAGAUCUCUGCUAACUCUUAUUCCUAGGAAACGAACACACAUUUCCUCUCCCCAAUCUGUGGUUUGGAGUAAAUUGCCAUACUCUGCAGAGGAACGACUGCUGCAGCCAGCUGUGAUUGAAGCAAAGUCUUCUAGUUCUUCUUCUUCUAACCAUUCUGACCACUUCCUGCGAGCCGGAAGCAGCCCUCUGGAGGUGCCACAACGCAGGUGGGACAUGGGACCUGCCUUUGGCCUGUACGUUGACUUUUACAUUUUAUUGCUUGCUUUCUCCACAACAGCAUUGGUGGGUAAUUUCAUUCUUCAAGUGAAUAACCAGACAGGAUUUAAGGAGCUCCAAUUGUUAAGCAUAAGAAUAUCUUUUGAAAUGGCUAGUAUAAUGACUAGCACACCUAUGCUUAAACUAAUUAAAGCGGUAUGUCAUGCUGAACUUGCCUUUCUUUAAACCAUUCCUCUUCUCUCCCUCUCUCAGGAUCUGUUCUUCAUUUCUUCCUGUCUGCUCUAGUUUUCUUUAAAACAUAAGACAAAAUAGGGGCUACUUUGUCUUCUGAAGGUUUCCAACGCCUGACCAGCGGAGGAGCAAAGUGUGCUUCAUUUCCGGUGGUCGGAGCAAUUUUCCCACAAUUAUCACCUUUGAUUUGUGAUCUUGUGAUGCUUCCUAUCAGUAUUCCCGAACGUUCUGUCACUUAGACAGAACACCGGCGAAACUACCAAAUUUCGUCUUAACAGAAUGAGAACAGUUUCUCCAUUCGUGUUAGGAUGCAUUUCGGGACUUUGUUCGUAUCGGAAUUUCAUUCGGAUGAAUGAAACACCGAUCCUGUUCAUUGCUGCGACUGCAUCUUGCAGCCGCUUAGUAGAUAACUCCCUAAUUCCCAUGGUAUUAGGGAGCUAUCUACCAAAAGGCUGAAAGACCUAAAUUCAGCCUUUUGGUAGAUAGCUCCCUGAUACCGUCUUUCAGACAAAUUUACUAAUACUAAGUAAAGAUUACUUAGUAAAUUCUGGCAUGCCUAGGGAGUAUGUCUAGUAAACCACUGUUUAAAAAAAACAAAAAAAACCCAACAACCUUAGUGUCCCCCCACCCGUGGCGCGCAAUUUGGGGCUAUUAAACUGAAUUUGGGACCUAUUGCCCCCCCCCACCCCUGAGCGGCGGGUGGGGUCCAAACUAACCAUAAGAGGGGUGGAACCUAUUGAGCGUGGGAAAGUUCUUUGGAAUUUUCCCAUGCUGUGUAAUUUGACUCAUAACUCUGGUUGUUUGAUAGCACGGGAGGGGGGACACUAGAGUUUAUUUAAUUUUUUUUUAUUUUUUUUAAACCGCCAUAGGCUGCUCACUGUUUACUAGACAUGCCCCUACACGCGAUAUAUAGCGAGUAGGGGCAGAAUUGACUAAUGCAAAGUAAUCUUUACUUUGUAUUUGUAAAUUUGUCUGAAAGACCAAUUUAGGUCUUUCAGCCUCUUGGUAGAAAGCUCCCUGAUACCGUGGGAAUUAGAAGUUGGCUACUAAGCGGCUGCAAGAUGCAGCCGCAGCACGAAUAGGUUCAGAGUUUCAUUCAUUAGAAUGAAAUUCCGAUACGAACAAAGUCCCGAAUUGUGUCCUAACAUGAAUGGAGAAACUGUUCUCAUUCUGUUACAACAAAAUUCGGUAGUUUCGCCGACGUUCUGUCUAAGUGACAGGACGUUCGGGAGUUCCUACUUUGUCUUUUGUUUUAAAGAAAACUAGAACAGACAGUGCACUUGUCGUUUCUCGAUGUAUGAUAUAGCAGGAAGUGCUAGCAUAUAGUUGUAAUAUAAACUAAGAUUUCCCCAGCCUUUUGUGAAAUGUCUUACUUUGUAUUGGGAUCUAGUCCUUUUGUGGAGUUUAGUGAAGCAAUAAAGGCUAACUAAUAUAAAGGUAGCUAUAUAUUGCAUAUAAAUAUCCUUAAAUACUAUCCUGUCUUGUGGCACCUGAUGACUAGAAUUCUCACCACGGCAUGUCUGAUAUUGUAUAACCAAUAUUGCAGAGCAUGAUAUAUUACUCUGAUCUGUGAGUGUGUGGGUAUUUCACAGGCUAAUUUGUUAAUGCAUCAAAGGAACUCUAAUGUAUUGGGACUUAAGUGGUAUUUGAGAAUGCCGGCAAAAUGCCUUUGAGGGAGGGAGAUCAUAUUUGUUGUGUGUGCUAGCUACUGAUAGAUUGGCAGGGACAUGGCAAGACUCCUCAAUCACACAGUAUUUCCAUUUUGUGUCCAAGCUUCUCUGAAUGGGUCUGGGAUCGGAAAGCUUGGCCAUGCCUCUGCUGUUCUGUAACAGCAAGGACACACCAUAAUAGUAAUGGUCAAUGGUUAGAGCAAGAAUUUCCUGGGAUCACUUCCUGCCCCAUAGGUGUAACUGGUGAUGACAUGAGGAGAGAGGCAAGGGCUAUGGGAGGCCCCCAGAGCCGAUGCUCUCCCUUGCAGGGCCGUUGCUAUCCAAGCGCCGGCACUGCUGUGUGCCUUCAAAUACGUGUUUGUGUUUUGUUUUUUUUUAUAAUUUUUUUUUUUUCUUUUAAUUAAAAAAAAAAAAGUAUGCUUUAAAUCCUCUCAUCCCUGGGCAAAGCUAAGAAGGGAGGGGGGGAUAUGAAGCAUAUAUAUUUAUAUUUUUUUUUAAUCAGCCCCCUCCCCCAACUACACACACUGCCAAACCUCCCCAAUCCCCCUCCCCCCCCACCACACACACACACUGCCUCCAAGGUAUCCCAUACACACAAUGUCUCACAUAUUCACACCUACCUACCUAGAGACCCUAUCCUGGCAGACCCCAGGUAAAUUGUCAAACUAUUUAUUUUUAAACGGUUUGACUAUUUACUCUGGGAGGGCACCACGGCACUCAUGGCACCAUAACCCCUACAGAGAGCUGUAGUGGUUAUUGUGCCUGGAUUGUUUUUUUUUUUUUUUAAAUCUGAGUGCUCCUCCCAAGAAAAGGCUCUGGAUCCGCCAGUGGCACAUACAUAGUGCUCUUGAGACAAGACACAGGUGUAGCAGGAUAUGGGGAGUGAUAUACAGUGUCUAGGUGAAAGAGACUGACAUGGUAAUGGGGUGAGAAUGGCAAGAGACACAGGGUUACUGGGAAGAUGUAUUGUAGUAAAUAUAAGGUAGGGUUUGUAAUUGGGAGAAUAACACUAGGGUAUUGGUUGAGGAAUGAACUGAAGCUGGCAGACUCGAAGUAAAAGAAUGAUAACCAUUGGGAAUGAUUUUGUGAAUAUGGUACAGUGUGCCGUGAACAGGGUUAAUCUGAUGCAUUUUAGAAAUAUUAGUGUGGGAACUUUUAUAGUGGAUCCAGAAGAGGUAUGUACUGAAAUGGAUGGUAAAAAUAUUAUGCUUGCUUAUACCUUGUAUUCAACAGGUAUUUAUCAGUUGCGUGGAAUGGUGUAUUAUCAACUAGAGUGUGAUGGGGAUUUUUAACAGAGGGACAAUGAUUGAAUGAAUGAGUUUGUGAGAGCAGCAGAAUAAGUGGAAAAAUAGAGGUAGAUGAAAAUAUCCUCUUCUUUUGUUAUGAGUGUGGGAUGUUCUUUUUAUGAGCAUGUCUUCAGGAGAUGUUUCAGUUUUAACUUGCACAGAGGGUUGUCCUUAAAAAAUAAAGUAUUUUCCCAGCCCUGACUGGAACUGGACAUGUUGAUGGCAAAAUGGUUACUUGCUUGUAGGAAGGACAAUUUCAGAGAUGGCUAAGAGUUUGUGACAUGGUGAAAUCUGUUAAUCUCUUGAGUAUGUACUCAAUGGACAUUCUUGGCAGACUAAUUUAAUAGGCACUAAAGUAAUCUGUGACCACCGCUCCCGUUUUGUAUAUUGAUGUACUAUAGCGGUUUUCAGGAUCCUUUGCAUUUAUCCACUUUUAAGACCAAUGAUAUUUCAUGCUAUCAUUGCAAACUUACCCCUGCAGACUUUAUACAUUAUAUAAAUAUCCUGCUUUUGUAGAUCUUUAUAGUCCUCCAACAUUAUGCCAAAAUGGAACAACCCAAUUAUUUAAGUCUGGAUUAUGGUGAAAGACUAAUAAUGGAAUAAUUCUGUCAAAGGGUAAAAGCAACACUAUUCAAAAGGCCAUGGUCAUUUUAUAAAAGUGGAGCAAUUGCAAUGGUAAGGACUAUUUUAGAACUAUGCCCAAACAAGUUAUUUGCUCUAAGCACUUCUUCCCCACUUUGUUUAUUUUUUUUUUUUAUUUUUUUUUCAAUUUAUCUUUUAUUGACGCAACAGUAUAUAGAAGUUGAGAUUAGUACAGAGAAUCAUUUAUCAAAACAAAGUAAAAUAAUAAAUGAAGUCACCUCCAUGGUGGGGACCACCUCUGUAUAGAGUAGUCAGCAGCUUAACUGUAAUUAUAUUUUAAACGAGGAGGGUGGGGCAAAGGGGAAAGGGGGUUAGGCACUCAUUAUAAAAGUGUUUUUUUUUUUUUUUAAUUCAGUGAACUUGGUUACUUGAAAGACCCAACACUUUGUCUUUUAAUUAAAUUUAUUCAGGAUGCUGAAAACAAACAAAUGACCAGGCCAUCAAGGGUAAAACCAUUCCGAUUGUAUAGUAAUGUCAUUGAAAAUGACUGGUCUUUAUGGUUCGUGGCCAGAAUAGAAACACAAUUCCUAAAUUUCUGUACCCUUGGGCAAGAACAGACCUUGCUGUAAACCUUGUUAUUUUUAUUACUAUUUUAGGAUGUGGCGUGCAGAAAUAGAUAAUUUGCUUCUGAAUCCUCCUUUCUAACACAGUCAGACUUUCUCUGUCCCUCUAAGACCAAUAGGUUGCUUAGUUUACCAAGCAAAAAUAUUUUAAUACUCAUCGAAAAUAUGUCUACUAAAUUUCCAAGCUGAGAUAUGACUUGUGUCCUGGAGGAUGUCCUUGGAUUUAUCCCCCCCCCCCUUCCUCCCCCCAACCUCCCUUUUUUCUUUUUAAAUUUGGAGUGAAAUAGUAUGCAUGUAAAGCACUAUAUAAAAAAAAAAAAAUCACAUAUCAAAACAGAUCUGCUUUGUACAUAUUAUUGCCAUUUAUAUAGCGCCAAUAUAUUUCAUCGCGCUUUACUAUAUUAUAUAAUGGGGAGAUUUAACAAUAAAUAAAAUUUCUGCUCAGUCUGCAGCGGUUAAUCAAACUGUUUCAAUUGCAGAGAAAUAUUUGGAGUCCCAUAUUGCCAACUCUAAAUUAAAUAGAUGCAAAUGACUGUGCAUGUGCAAAGCAUGCAUAUCUAACAAAUGUUAAUAUGUAUAGUGUUAAAGAUCAAUUUUGGGUGUGUGCAUGUAUGUGUUUAAAAUGUGUAUUUGGAUCUCGUAUUGGUAAAUAUAAUGUGUGCAGUAUGUAUACAAUGAGAUUGUGUGUUCAGAACCCUACAAAACCUCUGAGAGACAGUAAGCUUAUUUUCUUGUGUGAACUGCAAAAUAACCAAAUGUCUUUUCUUUAGAGACUCUUCUUGCCCACCCAUUUUUAUCUAUAUAUUGAUUUGCCCUCUGGCAGCCCGGGCUGUGAUGCAUGUAAAAUGUUGUGAUUUGUUCUACAGAGGGUAAUCUAUAUAAAUAUUACCAGCCUCCGUAUUACAGCAACACAAUUGGUCCUGGAUCCCUUCUGAUUGCUAAGCUUUGCAGUGUACCUCGACCCAGAUAGCUGUAUGCUUUUGUGAUGGCGAAUAGCUGUCUACUAGAUUAUGACUUCUAAUUUUACUGCUACCUGAGAGCGUUGCUCCCAUAAAUCUUCUGCCUGCUGGUGUUUGUAUAUGUCAGUGCUGGACUAGCAAGGACACAUUUCUGCAUUGAGGAGAUGUGAACUUGCCAGGUAGAAGUAAUUAUGCAGGUAAAGUGACUUGCAGCUCCACAGAAGGCUAUUGACCGCUCCUAGCUAGAUGAGAAAUAUUCUGUAAUACUGGACACUAAACGAGGGACAAAUCUUUGAUUUGUCCGUUCUCCGUGUUCUCUGCACCUUGCUUUAGCCCUCUUUGUACAGAAGCACUACUUAUCUGCUAAAAAUGGAAGAUUGUUUGAGCGGGCCAAAUACUGUUGCUGAAUUUAAUAGAGAACUAAAACCGAAUGGAAGUUUAGACAUCCACUUUCUCUGUUUCAAAGUUCAUAAAUUGGACACAAACUAUCAGAACUACUGCUGUGUGUUAAAUGUUCUCCUUGUUUCCAUGGCGAUUGUCCCACCUUUUAAUAAUUUUCACUGUUUUUCAGAACUCCCCAAUGAUUUUAUUAACACUAAAGGAUUAGUGUUAAUAAAAUCCUCAACUAUUUUUUAAUAUAAUGAUCUUUUAUUCAGGAUAUAUAUAUAUAUAUUAGUAUGACAGAAUAAAAAACAGACUGUCUCUUUUCAAACCCUCUCUUAUCUUUGAUAUUCCUCAAAUCACACUGACCAUGAGAUAUAAUCCUGUUUUCCUCUAUUAAAUCCUAGGCAACAAUAUUACUGUUACAGUCCCACUAUUUCACAAUUUAAUGGUAGUGCCCUUUUGGUUUUUUUUGUUUCUGUUUUUAAUUUAAGCCACUUCUACUUUAAUUAUCCCCCCCCCCCUACUCUCCCCCUGAUAACUUUUUCAGCUUCAUAAAAUUUUAUUUCAUUUUAACUUUUUUGUUCUCUUCUUCAUAAAGUUUCACCUUUUUCAAUCAAAAAUUUAUAUUGGGUUAAACUUUGAUGUGUUUAUAUCACUUGCUUUUGGCUGCAGAGUUUACUUUUUAAAUUUUUUUUUUUUUUUUUUUUAAAUGGGAAGGCCCAUUUUGAUGCACUAACCUGUGGCACACUGAGGUCUUUACUGCUUUUUUGGUAUGCUGGUACUUGCAUGGUUCUUGGCUUUGCUAUACUUCAUUGGACUUCUUAAAGUUUUAACUUUUGGAGGUCUUCUUCGUAUCCAGUCCACCACAUCUUCCUUCUGGUGACCACAUAGCUUAACAUACCACAUUCUCUUCAACUGGUGGCAGAAUAGCUUUUGCAGGUGGCAUCUCCAGAGGCCUUAACAACUGUUCUUUCAGUAGAAGACUCUUAUUCCAUCAUCUUCCUCUUUCUUCGCCUCAGAUCUCCAGACCUGUCUCAGCCUGGAUCUUCCGUCUCUACAGAUUAUGGAAGCUGGCAGAUGGUAACAGAGGGUGGGAGUGUACAUGACCAUGGUAUCCUGAGUGCAAGCGCUUUCCUUCCCUUCAGCUUCUCUGAUGAGCACCCUAACAAUUGCCCGUAAGUGGAUCCAAAAUAUCAGAUGCUCAAAUCUUAUUUUUAACCCCAUGAGGGUGAGCAUUCUGGCUGUUUUUAACAUGUAAUGUCCAACGUUCUUAAUAUUUACGAUAAUUAUUGCUUUAAUAUCUGAAAUUGGCCAAUCAAACAAUUAUUUGUCAAAUCAGGUUUCUCCAGCAAAUCAUCCCUAAAACCUAUGUUUAAGGAAACUUAGAUCUUGAUUCUCCAAAUUUUGUAAAAAUGUUUAUCGCCUAAUUAAUUGCAUAUCUGUAUAUUGUAUUUUGAGAAAAUUUGUAAUAUUACUUUAGAAUAGGGUAAAUGUUAAUUUGUAUCCAUAAACUCCUCUAUUCCCAUUCCACAGCAAACACAUGUUACAAUAGACCAUGCCUCCUACAGGUAGCACAGGAUGAGCAUAUUCCUAUGAAACGAUCUCCCCAAAUGGUCAUCAUCUUUCCUGUCCUGCUUCAGAUAGAGUUGGCUGAAGCAUCAGAUGCAUUUUAUUAAUCUUUCCACACAGUGGCAGUACCUGUGGGAUUUGGGGUUCUUAAUCCUGGUGGAUGAGUACUCUUGGAAAUCAAGUUAAAAUAAUAAAAUGGUUCCUCCCUCUGAUACUUUUAAAAGGUUGUCCCAGACUGAGCCCAGUUCUAAUUUUGACUGGUGCUUCUGGGGCCGGGGAUGGUGAAACACAUGGGCUGAUGCCUAAUGGCUAAGCUGCAUGGUGUUGAUCUCUGGAGCAUCCGGCGGAGGAUGUUAAGAGGUGUACCAAUCACCUUACCGACCUGGAGUCUGUGUACAGUGGUGGAAUGCAUGCUCGGGCAGCCUUCCUCUGAUAUUCUGAUUUGCGCUACUGUACAUGCUCAAUCUAAUUUCAAUUUUGGCGCAAAAUCUGAAUUACGCUUAGCCUAUUUAUAUUGUACUGGUCCCUUUUUUUUUUUUUUUUUUAAAGUUCUUUAAGGAAUCGGUGAUUUAAAUCCAAAGAAUCUGUAUUUGUCCAGGACCGAUCGAUUUAGACGUAGGAAAAACAGGUCCUCUUCUCAGUUGGAUUUAUGUUCUGGUGAAUGUUGCCACGUGUCUCUGAGGCCUCUACAUAGAAUUCUAGUGUGGAAGCAGGUUUUUCCACCUGACGAACUGAAUAGAUUCAUUAAAAAUAUUAUGGUGGUUACAGAAUAAAGGGAUUCUUCUAGAAAGAAAGGAAAAGGCUUUUCUGUAAAUUCCAAACUUCUGGAGUUAGUACAUAGAGUAUGGAAAAACACAGAGAAAAUGGCAUUCAUUUCCAAACAUUUUUUUUAUUACAAUUUUAAAUUACAUGACACAGAUAAUAGCCCAGCUUUCUUAAGACCACUUUGUCCAUUUGGGUCCUUGAGACCACUACUUAACCAAAUCGGUAAACAGCCUGAAACUUCUUGUACAAGGUUAUUUGAAGCAGCAGGCUUUCAAUGCAAGGCAUCCGUAGCUGAGAUCACAAUAACAAGUGCACAAAACCUUUUGUCAGUAAUCACUAGAAAAAUCUAUUUUAAAUGGGUCUAAAAGUUAGGUCACCUGAUCAGAAACAUAAAGAUUGCGAAUUGAUUUUUGUGCAAUAUGUCUGAGAAGGUUCUCAAGCUUUCAGCACGCAAGAUGGGUUUGUCAUCUUUUGCCAAAAGUGCUAUAUGACUCUGAUUGUGGACGCAGACACAGCAUCUAAAUCUGCCUUUUGUGAAUUGCCCUUUGAGAGAAAUACGUUGUGUGACUAUGCAUUAGAGAAACUUGUAGAGAAACCAAUGUCUGACGCCAAGAAGGUUCUACAUCAAGACCUCUGGAAAUAUGAGACUCCAAUUUCGGAAUUAAAGGUUGUUUCAAUAUAAUAACCGAUCUCUUUGGAGAUAGACACAUGACUUUAGGUUCAGUGAGGAUAAACGCCAGGUACAUGAGACCAGCUCCAUGCAAUAACUCUCAAAAUCAGCCAAAAUCGGGGCAAAACCCCACCUAAUCGACUGUUCGGCGACCUGGAGAAGGGAGCCCUCAAACUGCAGAGCCAAGUGCCAAGCAACCUGACCGAAAUUAGAGGCUCCUAACUGGGGAUAGACCAGAGGCCUAUUAGGACAAAGCGAGGGAGGCGGCCGAUCCCUAGGCCGACUGCAGCCACUCACCUGGAGGUCUCUCCGGCAUACUCCCUCCCCCCCGCCGAUGAGGGUCAUCCCGGCAACUAAAGCAUGAGACACAGCGGCAAAACCACAGCGGUGACUGUCCCACACAGCUGGAACAGCAUCAAUAAUCAUGGCGGUCACCACGAGUAACCCUCUGUACAGCGCCCCCUGGUUGGAAAGGUUGGAUCGCCUGUUCUCCACCUUUUGGGCCAAAAUAUACCAAAGGGGAGGCACAGAAGUGGAGACCCCACCAGCAGCAUCCCAAGAAGAGGCCAGGCAGAGAUCCGCUGCUCCUGUGCGGGGCAACAGCAAAGCUAAAAUGGUGGGAGGGAGGAGGUGGACGACCCAACGCAAACCUAGACACCGCAGACCAAGACUAGCGGUGAGUCGUCCUACCCCAAUCAGGGGCUACCCCUUCACCACACUACGGACGACCAGCACCCACCAUGUGGACCUACAGCGGAACCUUGCCGCACACCCACAUCGCCCCUGAGAACUCCUACCCAAGAGACUGACCUGCCUCACGCUGACGACCAAAGCGGCUCCCAGUCGGUCACCCUCUCCAGCUACAACACCCCUGCUCAAGCGGGGCAUUGGCUGAAAUGACCACACCAUCGAGGCACCAGCCCCCCACCGCGCGCUGCAGGCAGGUCGGAAGAUUGGCACACAAACCCCACACACUCGCACGCUGGGACUCUCUCCUGCAGAGACCGUUGAUCUGGUAUUGCCUGAUACGCACCCCUAACAUGACUUUGCGCAGCAUCUUAUAAUGUAUAACGUGUAAUGCUCAUUUAUUUAACACGUAACCUAUGCGAGAACCUUAAUGCAUAUUGAAAUCACUAACGACCAGGACUUUAGCGCAGAUCAUAUGUUGUUUUAAGGCACUCUGUCCUAGCUAAUUGUGUACCCUGAACAGCAUCAUCAACAUAUAUACACAUAAAUGGGCAAUAUCACCUAACGCCUAACUAAUGCACCAGGCUAAAAUAACUGCCCACCCAAGCUGAGUUAGUAAUGUAAACCUGAGUAACAACGCUCUUAUCUUUAGAACUAACCUCCUGUGAAUCUCCUGUUAUUUCAUGCUACUUAUGUUCCCCUGUUCUAACUAACCUUGCACCUCACCUUCUCAGAUAGGCAGAUCAGGAGUAAAUACUUGACAAGCGACGUUAAUGUAUAUAAAAAGAAAAAUGUGCAACACCCACUAAUGCCUAAUUAAUGUAAAACCAUGAAAAUAACUGCUUGACCUUGCUGUCGAGGCAUUGUAAGCCUGAUGUGUCUUUUCCCUGCACAAAUAAAAUAAAGAAUUAAAAAAAAAAAAGCCAGGCAGGACAAGGUGUUGAUACCAAGAAAUUAGGAGGAAGAUUACAAGGGAUUUUUAAUAUGUGUGAGCAGACUACAGAAAAGCUGUUGGUCUUGCAUGCUAUCAGAGACAGAAUGGGAUUAAUAGAAAAACAUGCUCCAAAUUUAUUUUGUGCUUGCUACCAUUCAAGAUAAAAAAAAAAAAAAAAAAACUCUACUUACCAGGGCACUUAAUCUGUUAACAUAGAAUGUGACGGCAGAUAAGAACCAUUCGGCCCAUCUAGUUUGCCCAAUUUUCUAAAUACUUUCACUAGUCUCUGGCCUUAUCUUAUAGUUAGGAUAGCCUUAUGCUUAUCCCACGCAUGCUUAAACUCCUUUACUGUGUUAACCUCUACCACUUCAGCUGGAAGGCUAUUCCAUGCAUCCACUACCCUCUCAGUAAAGUAAUACUUCCUGAUAUUAUUUUUAAACCUUUGCUCCUCUAAUUUAAGACUAUGUCCUCUUGUUGUUGUGGUAGUUUUUCUUCUUUUAAAUAUAGUCUCCUCCUUUACUGUGUUGAUUCCCUUUAUGUAUUUAAAUGUUUCUAUCAUAUACCCCAUGUCUCUUCUUUCCUCCAAGCUAUACAUGUUAAGUUCCUUUAACCUUUAGUUUUUAUUCUGCAAUCCAUGAACCAGUUUAGUAGCCCUUCUCUGAACGCUUUCCAUAAAAAAAAAAAAAGGAAUAGAGUGCAUUCCCAAACAAGAAUUCAAAGGGGUUUAUUCAUGGUUGUUCCUGGUUGCAAAGCAAGUUUUUAUUCCGGCUGGUGCUAGACUUAAAAAGGGUUAACGCCUGUAUUCAGUACCAAAUUCCAUAUGGAAACUGUGACGGAGCUCCCUGUACCCCAGCUGGGUACCUCCGCCGAGUCCUCUUCCUAGCUGCUUGCAGGGACCCUGGAACGCUUCUGCCCCUGUCGUCGCAGCUUGACUUGGGGUCCUUCUGUAGCUUUUGCAACCGACCUGGCAGCAGCUAUCCUUCCAGGCAGGUAUCGUCCCCUCUGCCUAUUCCACUGCACCCCUUCUUCCAUGCAGGUAAAGUCUCCACUGCAGUUCUGCUUACAGUGAUUAUACUUAUUGCCUUUACAAAGGCAAUUGCGGCUCUCAGGCUUAGAUCUCUUGAAUUAUCCCAGGGCUAGAGGGAUCCUGCAACCAGCAAACCGGUCCGGUACUGUCCCUAGGAUCCCUAAAAAUCCACAUAGGACACAAGUUUCAACAGGGACUGACAUCCGAAACUUGUUUACUUGGAACUAGCCCAAAUGAUGGUUACAUAGUUACAUAGCUGAAAAGAGACUUGCGUCCAUGAAGUUCAGCCUUCCUUACAUUUUGUUUUUUGCUGUUGAUCCAAAAGAAGGCAAAAAAAACCCAGUUUGAAGCACAAUUUUGCAACAAGCUAGGAAAAAAAUUCCUUCUUGACCCCAGAAUGGCAGUCAGAUUUAUCCUUGGAUCAAGCGGUUAUUACCCUACAUUGAAAGAUUAUAUCCUUGAAUAUUCUGUUUUUGCAAGUAUGCAUCUAGUAGCUGUUUGAACAUCUGUAUGGACUCUGAUAAAACCACCACUGUAAUAUAUACAUUGCUGUGACAAACCUAAUAAAAUUCAAAUAACCAAAACAUGUCACAAAAUAUACAGGAAAUUAUAAUAACAUAACAUUUUUAUAAAGGGGUGGGAAAGACAAUAUUAAACACAAACAUCUCUCCUGUUUGCAGAAACAGCAUUAUGCAAAUAUACCUGAAUAUGCAAAUUAACCAGCCUUGCUAUUCAGGUAGUGCAUAUUGCUGCUACUACCAACAGUGGGCACUACAGAGGCUCAAUAGCCAAAUUCACCUAGUUGGUAGCAUUUCUCAGCAAUAGUAUACGCACACAUUAUAAACCUCCUACACCUAUAAUGGGCACAGGGUGACUGAUACAUAGGAGCCAUUUAGGAACCAUUGUAAAGUGUCCUUCUGCUCCCAGUGAUGGUGACUAGCGUCACAGUAACCAUCCGAUCAGUCACUCAUGCUUCAAAAAGAUUAUAUGCCUUCUCUGGACUAGGAACUACCAUAGGAACAUGUAAGUAGGCAUAUUUUAAGAAAGUAUUUAAGGUUCGCCAUCAAUGCAGGAAAGAAAAUCCGGCACUUCCAGUUCAAAUCCUUAGCAUUGCCUCGCAUCUGGACCAAGAAUUUUGCAAAUAAUUCUCCUUCCCUUGGCUGUAUAUCACUGAGAAAUAGGCAUUCCCAUUGUUCCCUAUUUGGACGUUUUGGUUCCUCAAAGUCCGUUCCAAAAACUAGAAGAAAUCUCCAAUCCACAAUUCAGUUGUUAAACUAUCAACUGAAAAAAAUCUCUGCUCUCUCCUACAACAACAAUCCAGUUUCUGGAACUUUUGAUUAAUCUCCAUGUCCCUUUCUCAAUUUCUGCACUCUCAAAAGAUCAUGAAGAUCAGAAAAUAAGCUUUGUUUUUUACUUGGAAAAAAAAGCAAGUUGUACCAUCAAGAAAGCCAUGCGAUUGCUGUGCAUCCUCAUUUCCUCUAUUCCAGUGGUACAGUGGGUAAGAGCACAGAUGAGACCUAGCCAAUGAAAAAUCCUGCAGAAUGAAUUGGGUUUCCAGAUACUCUUCCCAGUCUGUCAAAGUCAGAAAUCCACUAGAUUGGAGUAAAUCAAAGUCUCUGUUCCAGGACUUGCCUUUCCAGCAAAUGUAGUGGAUUACUUUUACAGUAUAAUCCUCAAAGGUUUGGGGCAUUUAUCUAAAAAUCCUACUUCGUCAAGGCAUUUAAUCUGAAAGAGGAGAAAACCCCAUCCUCAAAUUAUCAGGAGAUGAAGGCAGUUUUAGCACUUCUAGACAUUCGAGCCAUGGAUCACACACAAAGCAGUCUGAAUUUAGUCUGUUUAUAAAAGUGACUCUUGUGAUAUUGUUAACCAAGGUGGAACAAAAGUCAGAUAUCUGUAUCUCCUCUGCCAGAUAUAGAUCUAAUGGUACCAAGGAAAAACUGGAAGGUACUGGACAGACCAUCUUCAGUUUUGGGACGGUCUCUCUGUGAAAUGGAACUUCAGGAUUGCAAAUGUAUUCACUCAAGUUCCUCUUAUCUCCCAUAUCCUUCAAAAGAUCAGAGCAGGCAGGGCGAUAGUGUUGGCAAUAAUACCAUAUUGGUUACAUCUCAGUUGGUUUUCGGAACUGAAACAACUAACCCGAACAUCUUGGAAACUUCCUCUAUCAAAUCAAUUGUUGGAGAACUGAGAACUUCCAAACAAGACUCUGGGAUUGUUCAUGUUGAUGACUUGUUUAUUGCAAUGCUAUAUUUUCAAAAUCCAGUGAUUCAAGACCAUAAGGUUGAUUUCCUCCUGAAUUCAACUAGAAGGUCAACAUUCAAGAUGUAUUUCCGGAUAUGGAAGAAAUUUUUUGUCUAGUAUAAGAAACAUACUUUGUACAUCCGUUCAUCCAUUCCUACCAUCCUGAAUAUCCUGCAAGAAGGCUUUUCUUCUGGCCUUAGUGACUCUAGUCUGAAGAUCCAGAUUUCGGCACGGUCAUUUCCUAUUUAUGGAUUUGGCUUCUAAUAUUUUCGUCUGGAAAUGUUAAAAAAAAGUUUUUAUUCCAAGCCAUUUUGCUCACAUGUCCUCCUUGCAAAUAUAUUUUGCCUGCCUGGUAUUUGACUUUAGUGCUCAGAGUCCUUUUAUGAAGCUCCUUUUGAGCCGCUUGAGUAAAGUCUCAUACACGUUUAUUAUAAUUAAAGGUAGAAUUUUUUUCUCCCUUAUAGUGGCAAUACUCACAAGUGGGAUGUUCCUUCUAGGUUGGACAAGAAGCUCCCCCUUCUUUGAAAGAUAAAUGCGUACCCCGCCUGCUGCCCCUAUAUAACCUGUAUCUUAGAGGAGAACUCUAGUUCUUCUUGUACCGGCAACGGGACGGACAAGAUCCAGGUGGAGAAUGUUGCGGUCAGCACAGGCUGCUGAUCGGGGAGGUGAGUGAACCGAUAGCUCCCUGGGCGGGAGCUGAGCAGCAAGGCAUACUUCUGGGUUUGCGUUAUGGAACGCGACCGGAAAUCAGUCUAUUUGUGGCAUCACUGGGGGGUCCCGGGCGGAUCUCCCACUAAGAAUCUUAUACGCAUGCGCACAGCAGUGGAACGCUCACCUGGGAGUUUUUGCGUUCCACUUAACUCCGAAUCGUGCUACUGCGCAUGCGCAAAACGGUGUCCAUAAUUUUGGCGCCAAAUUUAAUAAUUUGUUUGGCUAUAAAGCUGUGCAGAGCCUGUCUGACCCCAACAAUGGGUGAACAGUCCUGGUUCUCCAUGUCACCAGUCCUCCUACAUGGUUGUGAGGUUUAACUCUUUAAACUCCCUUUGACACCAGUCACUAUUGCAUGCGUCUAAAAAAAAUAUAUAUAUAUUUUUUUCCAGCUAUGUCCAGUCCUAUUUCUCCGGAUAAGGCUGAUAAAGAAAAAAUGUCAGCACUUAUGUUGUCUGGAAUGUGCAGUCCCUCUACCUGACGGAUGUCGUAAAAAGACCUGCAAUCAGAGCUCCACGGAAUUGCUAGAGAAAGUCAAGCAAACUGAUGUCAUCCUUCCUGUGCUGGUUCCAGGAAAAUUUGUCCCAGACCUUUGAAUCUUUCAAAGAUACCGUAAAGAAAGAACCAGGUAUCCAGGAGAAGCAGACAAAGAAACAUAGGGGAGAGAGAUCUCCUUCCCUGUCUGAUCUCUCAUCAGGGGAAUUUUCAUUUUCUGAGGAAGGUUUUCCAUCAGAAAAGCUUUAAAAGUUUAUAAAAGAAGUCGUGACAGCUGUACAGGAACGUGAACCUACCAAGGGUAAGGUAAAAGGCUUCCCGAUGCUUCCCAAACUAAUGGAUCUUCUUCAAAGAGAAUGGAAGAAUCCUGAAAGACGUGCGUUUAUUUCAAAGCAUUUCAAACUUAUUUUCAAACUACAGUCUGAAGAGAAAUGGGAGGUCUUCCCAAGGUUGACAUUCAGAUAGCCUAACUAUCAAAGAAGACCACUAGACCCAUUGGGGAGGUCCCUGGAUUGAAGGACCCCAUGGACAAGCGAGCCAAAACUUUGUGUAGCAGGAUCUUCCAGGCUACCAAUGCAGAGCCGAAAUAGCAGGCUCAGCAGUUCUUAGAGCACAGAGCGUUUGGCUCCAAGCCCUAGAAGAGUCUCUUAUGGGAAAGUCUGAGAACGACCCUGCCCAGCUCCUGUUCCUCCUGAAACUAUAUAUCGAGUUUCUUUCGGAUGCCUCUGAGAUUCUAUGUUUAUACGCCAGAAUCAUGGGCUUGUCCUCAGUGGCCAGAAGAGCCCUAUGGCUAAGAACAUGGAAAGCUGAUUCAGCCUCUAAAGCAGCCUUGUGUGAACUUCCCCUCGAAAGGAACAAGCUUUUGGAAGACAUUAGGCAAAUUUCUGAAACAAAGAAGGCUCUAGCUCAGGAUUCGAGACCUCAAAAAUAUAAAAGAUUUCAGUUCAGGGGUCAGAGUUCCUUUCGUUACCAAGGACGAUUUCGUAGAUUUCAGAAACAAGGUGAAACCGGUAGUCAAUGGUCUAGACAAGCAGGACAAAAAGAGAACAUUUUGACGCCAAGAGGGUAGGAGAAAGUCUUCAUUUCUUCGCUCACGAAUGGAAAAAGAGAACGUCAAACUGUUUGAUUCUAAGAACCAUUUCAGAAGAUUACAAAAUCAAGUUUUCUGCAAUACCACAACCAUCUUUCCUGCUGUCAAGUUAUCUGUCGAUAAAGAAAUCGGAGGCACUCCUGGCAGAAUCUCUUAUCCUUUUACGCAAGGAUGUGAUAGAGAAGGUACCCAAGCAAGGGGAAUUUCAGGGAGUUUACUCUAGCCUGUUCUUGGUGCAAAAAGCAGACUGAUACUUCCGGCCUAUCCUAGACCUCAAGAAGGUCAACACUUGCAUACUGUUUCAAAACAUUUUGUAUGGAAAAUAUUAUGUCUGUCACUCACAUCCUUCAAAAGGGGGAAUUCAUGGCAAAAUUAGACCUGAAAGAUGCCUACCUCUAUGUACCGGAAGUUCCUCAGAUUUGCAGUCUUAACGGGAAGGCUAAGAAUUCUCCACUUUCAGUUCAAGGCGCUACCUUUUGGCCUGUCAUCAGCUCCUCGCAUAUUUACAAAAAUCCUGGCUCCCAUAGCAGUAGCUUUCCGCCUGAGAGGUAUCGCUACAGUUCCGUACCUGGACGAUUGGUUCUUGAAAGCCCAAUCAGUACAGCUACUAAGAUCACACCUCGAGAUCGCUAUAAAAGUUUUUUAAAAGAACAUGGUUUGUUCCUAAACCUAAAGUCCAAGGUGAUUCCUUCAAUAAGUCUUGAAUUCCUUGGACUUCGGGUAGACUCAAGGUCCCUUUCUCUUUUCCUUCCAAGGUCGAAACAAAGACUGAUUUACAAAGCCUUUUCAGGUCUAGAGUCACUAGAGUCUAGAGUCUUUCGGUCCAAUUAUCGCCAAUCGGGCGAGGAUCCAGUCAGACAAUGUCACAACAGUGGCUUACGUAAAUCACCAAGGAGGCACAAGGGUGAAAGCUCUGCAGGACCUAUGCUUGAUUGGGCCCAAUCAAGACUUAUCGCAAUCUCGGCUACUCAUAUCAGAGGGUCUCUGAACAUAAUCGCAGACUACCUCAGAAAGCGUCAUUGGUCUCAGGCAGACUUGUCCCUCUCAAACCAAGUUUUCUUGGAGUUGGUUACCCGCUUCGGCCUUCCGGAUAUCGACCUUAUGGCCACGAGAAGAAACAGGAAAGUUCAGACUUUUGCUUCCCUCCAAGCACGAGAUUGCCCAGACUUCUUAGAUGGCCUAUCGAUCACUUGGAACUACAACAUGGGUUACGUUUUCCCUCCAAUAGCUAUAAUUCCGAGGGUUGUUCAGAAGAUAAGCUGGGAGAAAGCAAGGAUUCUAGCCAUCCUGCCCUUCUGGCCGAACAGAAGUUGGUUUUCAGUAGUGGAAUACAUGACAAUCUCACGUUGGUCUCUCCCAACGUCAUAGAUCAUGUGACUCUUCCCAUAGAAACCCUGGAAACGUUCCACCUGACGGCAUGGCUGUUGCAAGGUUGAUCCUCCAAGAGCAAGGACUUUUAGACCGUUUGUGUGACGUUUUUCUGUCUUCAGUCCGCUUGUCAACUGCAAGAAUUUAUUUUAGGGUUUGGAUGAAGUUCAGGACCUGGUGUUCCAUUCAGGGUUCGGAUCCUGCCAGAGCAUCAAUCCCGGCUUUCUUUUUUGCAGGAUGGUUUUGAAGCCGGCCUAGGGGUCUCUACACUCAAGGGCCAGAUUUCAGCAUUAAGUCACUUUCUGGUUCGUGACAUUGCCUCAGACUUGCUUAUCUGCAGGUUUUUUAAAUCCAUACGUCUGAAGAGUCCUCCCAAGAUCUCACCUUACGGUAAGUAAAAAUUCUGUUUUAUGAUCAAAACCAUGUCUGAGGUGGGUUCUAUGUGUAGCCCUUAAAUCUAUUAAUUAUCUGCAUAUCAGGUGAGACUGAGGUUAGUAGGGAACCAGAGAUCUGGUUCCAGUGUCUGCUCUUUGGUGCCAUCCAAUGGUUUACAUGAGAAAAUACUGCUACUUAAGGAUGAACCUAGGUUUAAGUGUUUUGGUUACAGACCAAUCACCAUUUUAGGCCAACAGUCAGGUGGUCAGUCUGUGUAUCACUAGUCUAAAAUUCCAGAUGGAUAACAUAAAAUUGUUCCUCACGAGUACUGUUUCGGAUGGAGUCCCCCAAGGUUCUGGCUUGGUCUCCUAUUUUCUCUUUGUACUUGCCUCUCUUGGCAAACUUAUUACAUCUUUUGGAUUCCACUACCACUUGUACGCUGAUGGCACCCAGUUAUAUCUCUCCUCCCCGGACCUCUCCCCCAAUCUCACUAAAACUGAGCUCCUUGUCUUUCCUCCUCCUAAAACUGAUCCUCCUCUUUCGCGCUCCCUUCAAGUUAGUGGUACCCACAUCAGUCCAUCUUUGCAAGCAUGCUGUCUUGGCGUCAUACUUGAUUCUGGCCUCACCUUUGAGCCUCACAUCCAGCAUGUUGCCAAAUCCUGUAGAUUCCAUCUUAAAAACAUAGCCCGCAUCCGCCCCUUUCUUAAGCAAGAUGCUACCAAGGAGCUUGUCCAUGCUCUAGUAAUUUCCCGCAUGGAUUAUUGUAACCCUCUCCUGAUUGGUCUUCCCAAAAGCCGUCCAUAAUGAACGCUGCUGCCAGACUGAUUUUCCUCUCUAGUCUGUUCUCUCACCCCUCUGCCAGUCCUUACAUUGGCUUCCUGUUUGCUAUAAGAGUCAAUUCAUGGUACUAAUUCACACCUAUAAAGCAAUGAACAACUCUAGCCCCUCUUAUUUCUUCACAGAUCCAUAGGUAUGUCCCUUCUCGGUCUCUCCGCUCUGCCCGUGACCACCUACUGUUCAUUGUCCGCACCGGUACGGCCAACUCACGCUUGCAGGACUUCUCGCGGGCGGCUCCCUUCCUAUGGAAUAGCCUGCCUACCGCCAUCAGAAUCUCCCCUAGCCUUGCAUCUUUUAAGAAGUGCCUUAAAACCCAUCUCUUUAGUAAAGCUUAUGGCCUCCGAGACUAACCUCUACCUCACAUACCCCUCUCUUGCUCUGUCCCACUUUAUUUAACUGCAAAUUCCUGUCCUAAUGUGUUUUAUACCCCACUUCCUAUAGAAUGUAAGCUCAAUUGAGCAGGGUCCUCUUCAACCUAUUGUUCCCGUAAGUUUUUUGUAAUUGUCCUAUUUAUAGUUAAAUCCUCCUCUCAUAAUAUUGUAAAGCGCUGCGAAAUCUGUUGGCGCUAUAUAAAUGGCAAUAAUAAAUAGUACAUUAAGACAACCAAAAACUAUAAUGCAUAACACAGGUGUAUUGUUGGUCUUGUAUCUAAACAAUUGGCUUUUGAAAGCCAACUCCCGUACCAAGGAACCCUUGAGAUCUUUAAGUUGACUGAUACCAGCACAGCAAGGAAUGAUAUUGGGACUAUGUAAAGAGCCUUAAAAGUGCAUGCUAGAUCAAAACUGAGCCCUAAUCUAGCAGAGGUAGAAAACACUUUGAUCAACUAUGGCCUGUUCAUGCAGUCUUCCGUGACCACUGUCUCUUUGGUACAUUCCACACUGCAGAAAAAAACAAGGAUAAAUUGUACAUCUUUGUUGGUUCACUUGAUGUUUUGAUGACAUCUGACAUCAGCAAACUGCAUAAACCAGCAAAGAUCAUAACUUGGCAAUCAAACCUUUGAAUUCAGCCACACCUGUCCUAAAUGAUCUGUUUUCCAACACAUUAGAGGUUGUACAUUGCUCCUACCUUUCUCCUACUGAACUGGCAAGACACUAUUGAAUCAUGGGCAGUGUGUUAAAAAAACAAAAAAAAAAACUUUUCGGUUCCAGUUGAUGGCCUGAAGGCUGAAAGAAAGAAUUUGGAAACCAUGCCACAUUCUGACCGCAAAAGAAAAUGUAUACAUUUGUUAAAAACAAUGGAUUAAAAGAUAUCCUCCUAUUAAUGUGUAGCUUGAGACCCUCUGUAUCUAAGAAGUCCAAAAUCUAGUCGACUGAAGACUGCUCAAAAAUGUGCAAUAGAUGUACAAAUUGCUUGGCUGCUUUUCAAAACCAGUCCCUUUUAAGAACAUCCAGAGGUAUGUAGGUUGUCUAUCCGGAAUUCUCCUCCGUUUGACCUUUAGGAUUUAAACCCGACUUUUCAGCCCUUUCUGGGUUUAUUAUUAGCCAAGACCGCCUUCUUGGUAACCAUCACACUGUCCCAAGGAAUAUAAUUUCAUGCCGCCUUUUGUAGUAUUUCCUUCAGAACAGUAAAAAAAAAAAAAAAAAUUUUUUAAAUGUCUCUCCUGCUCCUUUUUUCUGGAGUUUAGCCCUAGUCCCAAGUUGCACUCCUCCAUGGAUCCCAAGAUAUAUUUCCCACUCUGUACCUGAAUCUAAAGAAUGGAUGGGAAGAGGUGUGGGGUUUUAUUUAUUUAUUUAUUUAAAAUCUGAUUGAAAAGAUGCUUCUAUUUGAACUGGGCUAAACAUUACUGUUAUUUUGAAAAUCUUUAGUGAAUAAUUGUGGAAAAACAACCAGAAUCCCCAUUUAAUAACUUUAGCAGUCAGCUUCGUCUUUUUCUUAAAAGGUGGUCAAUCUUCUCCUGAGGAUAUAGGAGCUCUCUCCGUGAGAGCAAUGGUUCCUCCAGGGCAGAGUGCACCAAUGUCCAUUCUGCAUGUUGUCUGCAAAGCAGAUCAGAAAAUACCAUAUCUUUAACAAGCUUUAGGAGGCAUAGUCUGUCUUGCUAAGUGUGCUGCCUUCUGGAUUUAUGAACAAAUUCCAUGUACAUAUUUUGUUUUUCCAUUUCUAAUCAACAUGUGUUAAACCUACGAGUCUUUUUUUUUAAAAUUUUUUAAAAAUUUUUUUUUUUUUUUUUAAUUUUGAAACCGUACUUGUUUAAACAAAAGAGGGUUUUGAACAUCAAAGUUUAACAUCUGUCUUGUCAAAGCCACUUGAGCCACUGUUAGGAUGACUGUUGCCAAGUUCUUGUACUUGAUUUUUCAGUUAAAACACACUGCAGCCACUUAUAGAUUUCCUCCCCAUUGAAUAGUCCCUUCUGAAAUUAGUGGGUUCACACACAAAAAUUAGUGGAGUCAGUUGCAAAAAUUAAGGAACACUCUAUUUACUGUAACCACUUAAUUGGAUUGAAGUUGUUAUGGUGCAAGGAAGUGCCCGGGUAUCCGCUUACCUCAAACAGUUUAAAACUCCUAAAGUGACACUAUAGUCACCAGAACAGCUACAGCUUAAUGUAAUUGUUCUGGUGAGUAUAAUAGCUCCCUUCAGGCAUUUUCAUGUAAACACUGCCUUUUCACAGAAAAGGCAGUGUUUACAUAUCCCCUAGGGACACCUCCAAGUGGCCACUCCUCAGGUACUGGAGGGGCUUCCUGGCUCAGGGCUGCACAGUAGACAGCCCUGCCGUUCAGCGUCCCCACGCUCUGCAUGGACGCUGAAUUUUCCUCAUAGAAAUAAAUUGAUACAAUUCAUCUCUAUGAAGAGGUGCUGAUUGGCCAAAAUGGCAUUUGGCCCCACCCUGUGCCGAUUUUAGCCAAUUCAAUAUUUUCCCUAUGGGAAAGCAUUGGAUUGGCUAAAAAUCUGCCAUUUUGAUGAUGUCAUAAAGGGGUCGGAGCCAGUGCUGGCAGACCUGCACAGCACUGGAGCAAAGGAGAGUUAUAUAUUGUGUUAAGGGGGGGAGCAAGCCACCGAAAUGGCGGGUUUAGCACUAUAGGGUCAGGAAUACAGGUUUGUGUUUCUGACCCUAUAGUGUUCCUUUAAGAACCCCGAAGUGUUGAAUCAAGCAACCGAUCGCUCUGCUUAAUUCAACACUUUAGAGGUAAUUUGUUUAAGGUGGCAUUCGGUAUCUCCUCGCACUGUAACUUAAUUUUGAUGAAAUUAUGGUGCAUGUGGGGGGUCCCAUUAAGGAAACACAAACUUAAAUGAAGUCAUGCAGCAACUGUAGUAAAAUUAAAAUAAAACAAUGUGUGUGUCUGUCAGUCAGUGUCAAAUCGGUGAGUACGUGUGUGUUUCUGUCAGUGAUUGUGUUUGUUUAGUUGACCAGUCCCCCUCCAAUCACCUGGGUAAAAAAAUGGAUUUUGCCUUAAAUAUGUGCAGUGUCCCUGGUGUAUAUUUUGUAGAGAAUUGGCCGUUAGUAGUGUCAUUGUAAUCCUUCUACUAUUCUGAUGUCCAUAAACCAAUUUUAGUUUGUGUGAGUCCAGAUUGUUAAAGGCUUAUAUUUACAAUAAUUUUGUUUUGUCUUAUCUCUUGGUUGUAUAUAAUCUUUUAUAACUGAAAUAUGUAACUUUCUUCUUUUGUGCAGUCCCCCACCCCAGACGGAGCGAGCUUUCCGUCUAGAGGCUGUGAGAUCCAUCUUCCUGUCUGCCUACAAUACCACCAUAAGCCAGAAAUCCUCAUCCCAGAGCCCGUCUGGAGCAAUCGGUGGCCUUUUGGAACAAUUUGCACGUGGCGUAGGACUUAGAGGACCCAGCACAAUAGUGUGACACAGACUGUCUGAGUUGAGGACCCUGGAAUCUAUAAGCCAUAUGUAAAGUUAAUAUUUACAAUCUAGAAGCCAUACAGACGACCCCCAGCCCCUAUCUGAACAUCCUUCCAUCACAUUGGACAUAAUUUGUAUAUCUUCCCUUUGAAUUACUGUGCUGCUAUAGGUCACUUCUGUUCAGCAAGGUGCUCUGCUGCUGGGAAUGUUAAAGUCGGACUUCUUGUUAAACAGAUCUGAGCAUAAAGAUCAAAGGGGAAUGUUAAGGGCUGACACUGAAUUUUAUUUAUUUUAUUUUACACUUUUUUUUUUCUUUUUUUUUUAACCUACCACAUCAACUGCUGCAAUUUAUCUCACAACCCAUAUAUGCAAGUCUUGUGUAUUAGCGAAUGAUAACCACUUCUUGCCCCCAGCAAUCAUUCCACUGUUUGCAUUGGUUUGGUUUAUUUUAUUGUAGUGCAACUCUUAUCCUGCAUAACCAUCAUUGCAUUGAAAAGAAAUUGGUUCUUUAUCCCCAGUAGCCUUUGAAGGCUAAAUCAGUUGCCUAUAUCCAGGGAUCAGAGAUGCUUUAAAGAAAGUCAUCAAGCACCAUAUCCACUACAGCGCAUUAUAGUGGUUGGAACACCAAGAGUGUCUUUCUCCCUCCCAGGGUAGCGAAACCAUCUGACAGCUUACCUGAUUUCUGCCACAGUCUUCUCUUCCAGGAGAGCCGGAGACUCCCUGCAUUGAGCUAAACAGAGUAGAGCUGCAGGGAUUAGCUCAUUGGCUGAGGGUAAUCAGCUGACACUCUCAGCCAAUGAGCAGAGUCAUACACUUCAGGACUUUGCUCAGGGAAGUUAAUGUAUGCUCCAUGUAGAAGCUUCCAAUUCUCACUGAUGCUAUGACAGAUGCCAGGCUAACCUUAAUUUAUCAAACAGUUUGACUACUUAUCCUGACAGUGGUUAUGGUGCUUCGAAUAUUCCUUUAAAAAUAUAUCAAGACCGUGCACUGAAAAUAUCCUGAACCCUGCAGCCAUAUAGCCGCUGUUUCCUUAAUAAAACAAGUUUGUGUUUUUUUUUGUUUGUUUUUUUUUGUUUGUUUUUUUAACUAGAGCUCCCCCAUUUGCCUUUGACAGUUUGGCUGAUAGCAAUGUAAGUUGUGGUCUAACCAUAAGCAGUUUGCCGGUUCCUUUUCCUUUUUUCUUUUUUUUUUUUUUUUUUAUAGAUGACAUAACUUUUAUUUUUAAGUUGACUGAGAUGUACUGUUAUCACUGUUAACAAGUGAUUAUAAAGUCACUACUCUAUCUAAACUAGGAUAUAAAGUAAGGAUGGCCAAAAGAUAAAACCUAUUUUACCGCUGGCAAAGCAAGAGUUGUUAUAGUUCUGCAACCACUGGCGUUUACCUUUUGACAUCCCGUAAUAUAAUUUACUGAAAUAUUCUCUCCAUACUAAAAACAGCUUAUUUGUAAACCUUUUCAGAUCUUCAUGGCAUACAUAGCUCCGAAACCUAGUUUCUCUUAGUUUCUCUAUUUUUGGGUGCAUAUGACCAUGUAUAUAUUUCCUUUGCAUCACUUUCGGCUUUUACCAUGCCAAAAUACAUGUUGAAUGUGAUAUACUCCAUAGAGAAGAAACAUGUAUCACAUUGAGCUGCCUAAAAAUGAAGAUCUAAAACUGCUUUGCUUUCCAGGUUUUUGAGGGAAUGCUCCAUAAACAGUACAGCUUGAAGUAGUGGUUAUGGUGCCAAGAAGGCCCUGGCAUCUUCCCAAACUAAGAAGUCAUUCUAUUGGAAACACUUCUGCAAAUUUCUUGGAUCCUGUUAAACACCACCAGCAGGACUGAGUGCUUUCAGACAAUGAGAGCGGUGCUUUAUUGGGCCGUGCCCACUUGGGGAGACAUCUAUCUGGCUUCUCUUACUGGAGGAGCAAGAUGCAGUGUGUCAAACUAUACUAAAAUAUGAAGGGCACUUUUGGCACCAUAACUACUACAAACGGCUGUAGUGGUUCUGUUGUAUGGAAUGUUGCAGUAAAGGCUUUAUUCCUCGGUUUGGUAAUGUAGAUUAUAUCUAACCCAUAUGAAUGUUAACAGAGAAUUUAUUUUUUUAUCUUUUAUAGUAAUUUCAUUCUUCUAAUGUAAUUAAUAUAAUCUGAAUCUCUACAUUGCUAUAUGGAACAAAGUUUGAUUACAAUGAGAAAAGUGAACGUAUCGUACUUUCAAAAGGGAUUUACUCGGGACAGUCACUCUCACCACUGUGCCCUUAAUAGUGCAACAGAUCUAAAUGCCCUAGGUCACUGAAGGAUUGUGCUGUUAGAGUUUGCUAAUAUGACUUUUUUUUUUUUUUUAAUGCCUAAUUACUGGAUUAUGAACUCAAUCACUUUUUUUCUGUUUCACAAUCUUUGCAAUCUUUUUUUAUAAAUCUGUAAGAAGCAAUCUAUUAAGCUGUGAAAUAAUCACUUUUCGUCUUUUACCUCACUUUAUCUUUUGUUUAGAUGGAAAUAUCAGAAAAUCUACUUUUUACAGCUCAUUGUUUUCAGCUACUUGCAACAGUAUUCGAUACACCAUUUAAGUGCAUAUGCCGAUGUGCUUUAAAGGCUUAUUUUGAGGGUCAGUGCUUUUUAUGGAGGUACCAAACCCCAAAUUAAAUAGGUUCAACAUAAUAAGCUUAUUGUUUGCCUUGCAUAAUGUUAACUGAAGCAAGAAAUUAACCAAUUAACCAUGUCUCUGCUAGGAGCAAAAAUUGGUAAUCUACAUUGAAAAUUAUGGUGGCUAAUAGACAUUUGUUUUUUAAUCUGGUGCCUAACUCUUUAAAUCCUAAAUUAAUAUUGAGCCAUACUAUAAAGUACUCAGUAACUCUAUUUGUUUUAAUAAAUUACGUAUAUGACAAAAUAAAAGUAAGCAGUACAGUAAAAACAUUGACACUAUCCUAUUUUAAAAUUGACCCACUGUUCACGGAUGUCAUGCAUAGUCUUUGCAUGACAUCCGUAUAUAUACAUUUGGCCGACUUGCUCUGUCAUGCUUUAAUGAGGGUGUCUGUCAGUCAUUGAACUGUGCAGAAUGGUUGAUGUAGAUCAUUGAGACCAGCAGACCAAUGGCAUAGCUCCUAGACCCUGAUGCUGAACAGAAAGUGCUUCUGGGAAGAGUCUACUGCUCAACUGUUGAACAUUAAAUUGUUCAAUUUUAAAAAAAGAAUAUUGCACUUUUUUGCAUGACUGUUUACAUGACUUUUACUUUGUUUUAUAUAAGCAAUUUACUUUGAAAAAAAAAUAAUUACUAGUGUUCCUUUAAGGAUUGAUUCAUUAUAAGUCAUUAACAUUGUAUACAUUUUAUGGCCACCAUUGCCCUGUUAAAUUAAAAGGUCUGGUUGCUGGAAACCAUAUGCUUAUGAUGGGUAGUAUCAAAUGAUGAUAUUGGUUAUCUCUUGACUCGAGUUGUACAAUUUUAAAUAAUCUGUCUUUUUUUUUUUUUUUAUAACCAAUC